AUGAGCUCUUUCGCCGCUGUGUCUUCCCCACGUUGUGCUGCUGCCGGAACCCUGAAUCAGCACUUUGGUGGUGGGCCUCCGCUCCUGCUGCGCAGAGCCCGAGUGAAACCAAAUGGGGGGCCGGGAGGGAGGGAGGGACGAGGGAGGGAGGAGGGAGGGAGGAGACUGCUGAUGCUCACAAUUUACAGCCGUGAUGAGUUUCCUGUUGGCUGAAGCACCCUCAGUGGGGUUUUUACCGGGCCUCACCAGGGCCACACCUGGGAUCAGGGCCCAAUUGUGGUUGGCACUGUUAAUAAAACAGGAGGGAGAGGGAGGCAACAGAGGGAGACCACAUUCUCUAGACUGGGACUACAGUAGCCUAGCCCAGCCCCCAUCUAAGGCAUGUGGCAGCGGCGGUGGAUGGUGUGUGUGUGUGUGUGUGUGUGUGUGUGUGUGUGUGUGUGUGUGUGUGUGUGUGUGUGUGUGUGUGUGUGUGUGUGUGUGAUAGCCUUCAGAUGAGCUGGAGAGAGAAUGACUGCGGUUCCAGGGACUCACUCUUAGUUUAACACACUGCUUCGGUUCUGCGUCUAUGUGAUUUAAACAUGUCUAUGUGAUUUAAACAUGUCAAUAUGAUUUAAACAUGUCUAUGUGAUUUAAACAUCUGUGAUUGUUAGAAUUGCAAGCCGUAUGCUGUUUGGGGCUAUCAUGAACACAAUUGCAAAGUAAUUUGGUUGCAGCAGCUGAGACAGAGAGAGGCAGGGAGAGGAGAGGCAGCGAUGCUAAAAUGUGUUAUUGUGUUUAUGGCGAGUAGCAUCAGCAGCUCGGUGUGUUUGUGUGUGUGUGUGUGUGUUUGUGUGUGUGUGGCAGGGAGGGUAAUCAGUGUUGAGUGUUGUCAGCUGUUGGUUUCAGCGGGUCACGGAGGGCACAGCCCAUCUGGGGACUUCCAUAAUGUUUUAUCACUGGGCAUAACUGUAUACAGUAAGUGGUUUGAGCACCCACAGGGACGGGUGGAGGGGUGAAGGGAUGGAGGGCUUGUGAAAGGACAAGGGGAGGGGUGGAGGGAUGGAGGGCUUGUGAUAGGACCAGGGGAGGGGUGGAGGGAUGGUGAUAGGAGGAGGGUGGCUGGUUGUUUUGUAUAGAACUUGACCUUGCUCUGCCAUGCAGUGUCUCGGCCUGAAAAAUAUUCAUGAAUAUUGAUGUCGACGUUUUUUACUGUUUUCUCAGCUUCCAACGACAUGAUCCUCAACCCUCUUGAUAGCAACCCUAGAGUAAAGCUACAGGCCAGGGCUAUACAUUUAGAGAGAAAUAUUGAGAGAGCAUCUUAUCUCCCCCCAUUCCCUUCCCAUCUUACCCAAACCCCCAACCCUAACAGCAUAUGAAGCAUAAAGCAAAUUUUAUGUCCUUCCAACAGAAUUCCCUGACUUCUCCCAGAUGUAGUUAUGUAUUCACCAGGCUAACUGCUUUAUGGAGAGCUGAUGCGAAGGAGAUGAUGCGUGCAGCUUUGGGUUGCAUAAAUGCACUGGUUCUAUUUCACUUUACCUGUGCCUGCAGACAUAUGGGCACACUGUGUAGUGUGUAUUACAGUCGGUUGAACUCACACACGCAUACUAUUAAAAAAAUCUAGUUGUUUCAACUAAUUAUUAUUAAGUAACUUGUUCCACAGCCUAUUUUUUGUUGACUCAACUUUUCCGGCCAAGUGUUACCUGAACAAAAUAAAAGAGUUUGCCCAAACUUAGCUUCAAUUUUAGAAAACGUAGGCAAAAAUUCAGUCAACUUAAAAUGAUGUGUUUGCUCAAAUUGUCUCAUAUGUUGAUUCAACUAGACAUUUUUAUUUGAGUGUCUUACCUAAAAAAGGCUGUGAAACUAGUUACACACACCGCACUUUUAACACACAAUGUUUUCACCUGUAUUGCUACACUUUGCACUUCAAAGUAAAUCUUAGCUCUGUUAAAAGUACAUUCAAAAUUGCUGAAAUAAGUAAAUAAAAUAAAUGAUGGGAGAAUAGUCAGAUUAACUGAUAAUUGACACAGACAUUGUGUCAUAGCAGGAAAAUCGAAAUGCCAUGAACCAAAAGGUUGGGAGUUCAAAUCCCACGUGAGGACAUGUUGAAUAUGAAUUACUCUGUAAAUGAACAUGCACAAUGUCAACGUGUAUCAAAUUUGUAAGUUGAAAACAUUGUAUGUUAAAAACCGUGUGUGUGUAACCAGUUGCAAAGCCUUUUUUUUUGUUCAGAUGCCCAAAUAAUAAUUUAUAGUUGAGUGAACAUAUGAGACAAGUUGAGCAAACACAUCAUUUUAAAUGGACUGGAUUUUUGCCUACGUAAAAAAAUAAUAAUAAAAGGAUUUUAAAAAAAGAGUGCAUACAUACGCUAAGCUAUAUAUCGCCACAUCGGCAAUGAAGACAGAUCCAGUGUCCUGAACGGUCCAUUGUGACAAAAUCUGUGAGCAAGUGGCUGGCCAUACCUCAUACUAUGUAGCUGUAUGCUUUUAAUUUGAAUAAUUUCAUGAUGCCGAAUUUUUGUCUUAUUGGGUUGUAAAGUGAGUGGCCUAUGGAAGCUAAUAGUACUACUAAAUAGGAGUGUUUAUCAGGAGUGUUUAAUGUGUUGAUAUAUUUUCCGUUGGCUGAGAGAGACAGAUAGAGAGAGAGACAGACACUAAUAUCUCAUGUUAACUUCAAAGAAAGAAUGCUGCAAAAGUACUCAUCCUCUCCUCAGCCCUCCGUACCUCUCCUUCUGUCUGGGAAGACUUCAACACUCACUACUUCUCACUCUUUUCAUUAGCUGGCUUUACAAGCCUCUUCAUCAAAUUGAAGUGCUUGUUGCAAUCUCUCUCUGAACAUCCACCACCCACCAUCAUCAACCAGAGGAAACGCUGCUGAAGUCUAUAACGAGAUGAUGUCGUUCUAGAAAACAGGUCCAGAAGUCAUGUUGGAUCUAAAGAUGAUGAUCUCUCUAUCAGGAGAGAGAUGGGUUGAGAAUGGAUGGAGGAGAGAGAGAGAUAUAUCGGCAUUUACAGGGACUAGUUGUUGGUUUGUCUGAGGGAGCCAGUCUCCAUCGAUCCCCCUGAACCACAUCAGACAGAUUACAGACAGACAGACUGACUGAGCCUUAUUGGAGAAAGUGCACACACAGAGCACAGACACAGAGAAAAAUAUGAACUCUCUCCCUGACUGCUGAAGUCCCUGCCUGGCCUGCCGGGUUGAGGGAAUAUGACUGCUACUCACUCAACACAAAAAUAAGGGAAAAACUGAACAUGUAAUGGCAUUAUAGCCAUUUGCCCAGCCUCCAUCUCUCAAGGCUGUAUCCAUCCAUCCCAUCCACUGAUGCCUCCAGUACAGAUUUGGGCAAGGCAGUAAUCGGGAUAGCAUCUUUAAAAGCUCUCCCUGGUGCACUUUAGGUUGAGGUUAGUUAAGGUUGCUGGGGCAUUGCCGUCUUUGUCCCCGUUAAACAUAUUACAUCCCAGGAAGCACAUUCCUCUCUCGCUCCUCUCUGAUCCAGACCCAGGCUGGUAAGAUAGCAGGACGCACGGACGCUAUCUUAAUUUGAACAAUAUUAAUUCCUGUCUGUCUGUCUGUCACAUGCUUUAAAGUUAUGACUGCAGAGAGUUACAGCGAUAUAUUUGGCUAGUUUGCUUCAACAGAAUGUCUUGGAAAAGAGGUUUGACUGGCAACAUGAGUGAAUGAUUUAUGAAUAAGUGUGUGGGGCCUGGUUUGGUCUUGGAACCAAUGAGAAUUGUUCCAAGACUAAACACAGCGUGAAGAUACUGGUUAUUUUUUUUGGGGGGGAAACCUGAAUGGUCUGUGCUUGUGCUGUCUGAAUGUGUGUUGUAGUGGUCAUGUACUCUGUGCUGUAUACCAUCGCAGUAUUGACUUCAGAGAGGCCCAUCUACUGUAUGUGGGCUGCAUGUUUCUACUCUCUUCACAGGAGCUAUUGUUGUUCACCUGUGAGUGUAUGUGUGAGUGUGUGUGUCUGCGUGUGUGUGUCAGCACUGUACGUUGGGGUUCUGUGGUCCUCACCUGUCCCUCUCGCUGUCCUGUCUUGUGUGUGUGUGUGUGUGUGUGUGUGUGAUGUGCGUGUGUGUGUGUGUGUGAUAUGUGUGUGUGUGUGGCUCCCACAGGAGAUUUGGAUGGCCACUGGUUGGACCAUGCGUCAUGGCAUAGCAGCGAGGCCUCCCCAAUGUCUUUGGUGAGACAUGCGGAGCCCCUAACCCCCCCCCCCCCCUUCCUUCCCCCCUCUGAGUCCUUUGUCAUUUCAUGUUUUUGUUUUAUUUACACCUCCGCAUGUGUUUUCUUCUUUCUUUCUGUUUUUUAUCCCACACCUGUAGGGGACAGUCAAAGGGGAAAAAGAAAAACUAUUGAGCAGGCAUUUUUGUCCGACUCAACACACAACACCUUAACUGAGAGGCAAAAGAAAAUUGUGCGCUUUGGGGGCCACUCAUUGGAAGAGGACGCAGAAUGGUGCGAACCCCAGGUUAAAGACUCUGGCGUUGAUACGUGCAGUAGCACUACCCUAAACGAGGAGAAUCAGCAUAGCUAUAGUGAGAAGGUACUGGAGACUAUGUAGCCAAACUAUCUGCAUUUUCUUCUUUAUUUUUUAUUUUAUUUUCUUUAACUACCUCCUCCGGUCUUUGUUUGCUAUCUGUCUCUAAUAGUAGACAUGUUUAUUUGGUUUAAUUUGAAUUGAUUGAUUUUCCUUUGAGCUUCGGUUGUAUUAUUAUUCCGGGGAAUUGAUUUGAUUGAUUUAAUUUCGACAGCACCUUGCUGGGUGUUGCCGAAAUAGGAGAUGGGGAAACCCUCUUUCUUGCUCUGCUGUUUGCUCUCUGGCAACAUAAAGAUUAAUCCAGGAGCAUUAAAACACAACUCUCUUUUUGUCAUGGCACACAGGAAUGUCCACUCCUCUAGUUGCAUGUUGUUAGUUGCUCUUAGUCUGUUGUGUUAUUGUUACUGUAGCGGCCAUCUUAGUAACGUUACAGUAGGGUAACGACACCUACCUCUCACAGACACAGGCCUCCAGUCCCUCACUGGAAUGACCCCUCCUCUCCCAACGUACACUACCUAGUCAAGUCAUUAUCUCCCCUAGAUCUCCACUCAGUCCAAUACCAAAACUAAACCAAGCACUUAUAACUUAUAACAGGGACGAUUAGAUUUGUUUUACACAAGUUACGUUUUUCUUUUUUCCCUUCUACUGUCAUGUUUGUUGUGAUUUCAUCUUUUUCGUCUUGGCCUUAAUCAUCCCUCUGUGCUGUUCUUUUGGGAGUUUUCAUCCAUAAAUCCUACUUUGUUUUUUUCCAUAAUGAAUUGUGUCUAACUGUUCCAUUGUGAAGGUGUAGUGCUGUGUUUAGCAGAGCAGGGCAGAGAGUGGUGGAGUGCAGCCCUGCCUUCAGCUAAGGCCUCCCUCACAGACCAUCAGACAAAAUCUACACUCAUCCCAACUCAACUGGAUUUGAUGCCAAUGUGGCUGAGUUGAAUUGAGAUGUUCUGGAUUCUACCUCCCGAGUGGUGCAGUGGUCUAAGGCACUGCAUCGCAGUGCUAGCUGUGCCACUAGAGAUCCUGGUUUCGAAUCCAGACUCUGUUGUAGCCGGCUGCGACCGGGAGACCCAUGGGGCGGCGCACAAUUCGUCCAGGGUAGGGUAGGGGAGGGAAUGGCCAGCAGGGAUGUAGCUCUGUUGGUAGAGCAUGGUGUUUGCAAUGCCAGGGUUGUGGGUUCGAUUCCCACAGGGGGCCAGUAUGAAAAAUCAAAAAAUAAUGUAUGCACUAACUGUAAGUCGCUCUGGAUAAGAGCGUCUGCAAAAAUGUAAAAAUUCAGUGCAGAUUUUCUCUGAUGUUUUGUGUGGAACUUCUGCUUUGCUCUGUGGUGACUAGGAGGGCGGGAUGGUUUGCCUGUUUUACCCUGUAUGGGGUGCUGAAUGCACUUUACCUCUACCCUGUUCGCAGGAUCACACAAGCCCUGCCAUUGGAUGUGCAACAUUUUUCAUUUUAAUUGAAUAACACUUUUAUACAUUUAGCAUAACAUAACAUACCAAGAAAAAUGUGUAUUGAAUAUUUUUAGUGAAAAUAGUACCAAAAAUCAGAUUGAAGUACUUCCAUGAAAUAUCUUUAUGGACAUAGCUAGUCAAAAUGUGGGCUGUGUUAUUGUGAAUAUAGUUUUAUUUUGCCAUUGAUAUAACAUUUGCCUUCAACUACAGUACGUAUAACUGUGAUGCAGCAGAUACAAUUAUUUUGUCGAUUUUGAUGAAUUAUGUAUUUUAUUAUCUAAUUGUGACAAUCCGGCUAAUCCCAAAAGAAAAUACAGGUUCUAUAAUCUGAAAUAGAAAGGAUAGAGACAGAGCUAUAAUCACCAGAUUAGAUAACUAACCAGAGCUUGUAUGAUCUUUCAUUAAAUCAAAUUAAUUGAACACCCCCCCCCCCCCCCCCCCCCCCCCUCACCCCACCUCCUCACAUGAUACCCACUUUUCUGUAGUAGUCUUUUUAAAGUGUUGAAGUGAUUGAAGUGAAUCUGGUGUGGAUGAGUUGUAAAACACAAGGUGUGUUGUUGCUGUGUGUGCUCCUGUAGCAUCCGGUGACAUGGCAGCCCUCCAAAGAUGGGGACCGCCUAAUAGGGCGGAUUCUGCUCAACAAGCGGAUGAAGGAUGGAAGUGUACCUCGAGACUCAGGAGCACUGCUGGGGCUGAAGGUGAGUCCGUCUGUCCGGCCCACUAGGAUUGACCCGUCUGUCUGACCUCUCUGUCUGGACUUCUGUCUAUCUACUGGGACCAGUCUGACCUGAUGGUCAGAGGCUGUUUAUUAUUACAGUUGUCCAUCACUAUUUAAAGGUUGCUUCCCAAAUGGAAUAGGUUGGCGUUUGGGCCUCACUAAAGAGUAUACCCAGCGGACAUAAUUUGGCAAAUUAUGUCUUAUUGACAUAAUUUUCUGGUUGUAAACUGGUUUUGUGGUUGAGGAAAAAGACGUUGCUAUAAAGAACUUAACAAAACGUCCUUAUGCAACAUCCAGUACAACCUGAUCAUGACAUCAUAAUGGAGUCAUUACCAGCAGUUUUUCCCGUUGGGUAUUCAUGCUCAAAAGGCCCAUACUGAAGAUGAUCUAAACAUUUUUGAAUGAUAUUUCUGAAUGGUAUAUGAUGAGUGGACACUACACCUUUGUAUCAGAACAAAAUAAUAACGAUCAAAUUCUUCACCACAAUAAGCAUUGUAAAAACUAUGUUGUGGCUAUUUUUUAUCUGUGUAUACAUUUUGAAGUGAUAUGUGUGGCUUAAUUACAUCAUUGUAUUAUUCAUGAUUUAAUAUUCAUUAGGCGGCUAAUUAUUUUCCUGAUUAAUACUAAUGAGCUGUGUCUUGAUAUCAAAUACUUUAUGUUCAUGCCUGUGUUCCAAAUGGCACCCUAUUCCCUAUACAGUGUACUUAUUUUUACCAGAGCCCUGGUCAAAAAUAGUGCACUAUAUGGGGAAUAGGGGGCCAUUUGGGAUACACAUGCUCACAUUGAACCGUUUUAAUGAACGACAUUCGUUGGCACAAACACAUCUCUCCAAAACUCUCUCUGCAUCCCAAACUGCAACCUAUUCCCUAUAUAGUGCGCUACUUUUAACCAGGGACCUGGUCAAAAGUAGUGCACCAAAUAGGGAAUAGGGUGCGAUUUGGGAUGCUGUCUCUAAACUACCAGAUGCUGUGAGAGCGUACUAUACACUAUGGUUAUGUAGAAAAGCCUAUUUCAAAUGCUCAGUCAGAGACAAUUCCCUUUACUGUAGGUAGAGAGAUCAAAUCUGAAACAUUAUGUACAGUACUGUAAGUAGGCUACUAAACAUAUGCCUCAUAUUUACAGUAUAUAAUGAUUAGACGGUUAGAUUCUGUGAUGAAAAGUAGCUUGGGUUUUCCUUACUCUCCCUAAUGCGUUCAAUUGAACGAUCUGUGCGGCCUGAGCAGCGUGGGCUGGUAAGAAAGCUGAGCACACACAGCUAGCCAAAGCACAAUGAGAGCUAGCACAGUGAGGGCCGUCAGAGAAAAGGAGAGUGGCAAGAUCCGAAAAUCAUUACUGAUUGAAUGAGCUUCCUGAAUUGGUAUGUUUGUGUCUGGUCAGUGCCUCUUUGUGCUGUACGGUACGCUAUGUGUUUUUCCUCGCUCAGCAGCAAGCAGUGACCAGCCAGUCUGUUUGUCUCUCUCUCUCUCUCUCUCUCUCUCUCUCUCUCUCUCUCUCUCUCUCUCUCUCUCUCUCUCUCUCUCAGUCCCUUUCCUCUUCUCCCACUCUCCCGCCCGGCUGUUACAUAAAGCCAUUUCAUUUAGGAGACUUCCCUAAGCUCCUUUGUAUGUUGGCAUUCAACUGUCAUUAAGAGGGGAUUUUAUUUGUCUGAUGCCUGUGGAGGGAGAGUGGUUCAGGGGCUUACAGAGUAGAGCAGAGCUGGGCUACCUGGCCUGCUAUAGACCCCCCAGGCCUCAAGUGUUCCAGCACAAUGGAGAGAGAGCACCAGACAGAGAGAGCACCAGACAUAGAGAGCACCAGACAGAGAGAGCUGGCCCCAGGGCUCCAACACAACACAACACACAGGGACAUUCAACAUUAUGAAAAGAGAUGUACAUUUUCACUAAACAUGUAGCUACUUUCUCUAUUCUCUAUUCAAGAAUAGCACCCUACGGGCAGAAUGACGCUAUGUGGCUACAUAUGCAAUUAGAAUUAGCUCUAGAUCUGCAGGUUGCAAUUUUCAAACAUGGUAAAUAAAUAUGUUUCUGUGAAACAAAGUGAUCAGUGCAUCCAUAUUCCUUCCCUGCCAGACCGCUUACACUAUAUUGAGGGUGUGAUUAUGUUACAGUAUAAUACUAUAUACUAACACUACAUGUUGAUGUGUGUCACCUUCACAGGUGGUGGGUGGAAAGAUGACAGAAUCUGGUAGACUUUGUGCUUUUAUCACUAAAGUGAGGAAAGGAAGUCUAGCCGACACUGUUGGACACCUCAGACCAGGUACCUACUGACCUCAUUUUAUACUCUAACUACGUCCCUUACCAUGUUUAGAACUACACUUAUAGAUACAAUAUUUUUUCAAGCACGCUGAAGAUUGUCAAUACAUUUCUCAUGUACACAGCACUGUAGAUUUAAUAAACAACUUCAGUGAUUCAAGAAUCAUUUUGAUUACUUGGUGAGCUGGUGUUGAACUGGGUCAGAACCUUGUUUUAACUUCUGAUACCCUUUGACCUUCAUUUAAUAGCACUAUUAAUUACAAUAAUAUCAUUUGUUUUUUAAUUACAACAUGUAUGAACUGGACAGAUGUUAUUUGUUACCAUAAGGGUGGCGACCGAGGCCUGUUCAAUGAUUUAUAAUAUUACCUUAGCAGGAAGAUAACAAUGAUGUACUGUUUGUUUAUGUGUGCCGUGUUUUCUACAAUACCAUUCAUAUUCUCAUUUUUUUUCCAUAAUGUGGGCCUGCUCAUGUUUAUAACUACACCUGUCAUGUUUUUAACUACAUUUAUAACUAUGCUUCCCAUGUUCAGAGCUGCACCGUGCCAGCUGACGUCUUGGUGUGUGGAUGACUGACUGCAUCUCUUGUUUUACAGGCGACCAGGUGCUGGAGUGGAACGGGAGGUUUUUACAAGGAGCCACAUUUAAAGAAGUUUACAAUAUCAUUCUAGAAUCAAAGCCAGAACCCCAGGUGGAACUGGUGGUCUCAAGGCCCAUAGGGUAAGACCUCACAACAACAACCACACGUAUUACUACUGAACCAAUAAAAACUGGAGUGUAUUCUCAUUCAUACACUUGUAGAAAUAUGUGUCUUGCAUAUGUGUCUUGCAGAGGAGAGAGAGGAUGUGAGAAAUGGAAAAAAGGGAGCUGAGUGUAUUUGAAUUUAAUUUGUUUUGCACCAGCUUGUUUAUUUAACAUCUCUGCCUCCCAACCAUCCCCCCUUCCUCCCUCCCAAUAUCCCUCCCCUCCAUCAGUCCUCCAGUGUGAUGGCAGUCAGAGGCUCAUAUGGGACUAGCAGUGCGGCACAGUGAAAUGAACAGUGGCUGCCGCCUCUCUCUCUCUGUCUCACUACCCACUCUCCCCCUCUCCUCCACAAACAGCGGGAUGCCAAUCGUUUUUGAAAGUAGAGAUACCCAGAGAAAUCAGAAACCCCUUUGCUUUGUCAGUGUCUAUAUUUGACCUGCUUUGUGUUGCUGAGGGAGGGAGCUGCUGUACGGGAAAAUGAAGACUAAUGCUCUGCUUAGAACUAUUCAAAUACAGUGCAUUCAGCAUUAGCACAAAUUGAUCCCCUCCUCCUUCCUCAUCCCUCUCUCUCUCUCUCUCUCUCUCUCUCUCUCUCUCUCUCUCUCUCUCUCUCUCUCUCUCUCUCUCUCUUUCUCUCUCUCUCUCUCUCUCUCCUUUCAGAGAUAUUCCUCGAAUACCAGACAGCACACAUGCACAACUGGAAUCAAGUAAGUCUGGCUAGGCCUAUCUUUCAUUUCCCAAUGAUAGCUAAUUAGCCUCUCUCUCCCUUCCUCUCUUCCUCUUCUUGAAGUAUGUUACCAAAACCACAUAAUCUUCAUAGACAGACAGUGUUUCAGAUUUAAUCAUGUGACCUCCCCACUGUCUGUCCUGUCUCAGGUUCGAGUUCCUUUGAGUCUCAGAAGAUGGAUCGCCCCUCCAUCUCUGUCACGUCUCCCAUGAGUCCCGGGAUGCUGCGGGACGCCCCACAGUACCUGUCAGGACAGCUCUCAGUGAGUACCCUACUACAAUACCCACAAUACACCCUGGCUCUGUCUGGGCCUACAUUACCUGCAGGAAAGGAUCAUACAGUGUAGCUUCACACAGAGGGUUUGAGAACAAAGGCUUUCUUUCUCUCUUUCUCUGCAGUAUUCAGGGAGAGUAGCUGGAGCUCUGAGAGUAGCUGGAGCUCUGAGAGUAGCUGGAGCUGUGGGAGUAGCUGGAGAUCUGAGAGUAGCUGGAGCUGAGAGUAGCUGGAGCUGUGGGAGUAGCUGGAGCUCUGAGAGUAGCUGGAGCUGUGGGAGUAGCUGGAGAUCUGAGAGUAGCUGGAGCUCUGAGAGUAGCUGGAGCUGUGGGAGUAGCUGGAGCUCUGAGAGUAGCUGGAGCUCUGAGAGUAGCUGGAGCUCUGAGAGUAGCUGGAGCUGUGGGAGUAGCUGGAGCUCUGAGAGUAGCUGGAGCUCUGAGAGUAGCUGGAGCUCUGAGAGUAGCUGGAGCUGUGGGAGUAGCUGGAGCUCUGAGAGUAGCCAGAGUUCUGGAGAGUAGCUGGAGCUCUGGAGAGUAGCUGGAGCUCUGGAGAGUAGCUGGAGCUUUGGAGAGUAGCUGGAGAUCUGAGAGUAGCUGGAUCUCUGUAGCGUAGCUGGAGCUCUGGAGAGUAGCUGGAGCUUUGAGAGUAGCUGGAGCUCUGAGAGUUUGGUUCAGUUAGACCCAUCCCAACCCAACAUAGGACCAUACAUCAUGUUACCCUGAACCAUGUUGCUUAUUAUCUGAUGCCUAAUAUACUCUUGGGGGAGGUGAGUAAAAGGCUUGUCAGUUGAGAUAAACAUGGGAGGAAUGAACUCUGAAACUCAGGAGGCCAGACGGAAAUAGACUAGUGCUAACCUCCAACACCUCUUUUGUUGUCUCAACACUCAGGAUAUUUCGUUUCUUGGAGAAAAUAUAAAGAUAGUUAUGAAAUUGUCACAGCUUUUCAAUCCCUUCCCUUAUGAAAACACAUCCAUAUUAUAUGUUAUUACAAAUAAAAAGAUAUCAAUUAAAUAUAUCAAGCUAUCAAAAAAUAUAUCAGUCUAUCAAGAAAGUCCAUAGUGUAUUUGUUUAUCAGAAGACAUGAGAAUGUUUGAUAGUUGACUGUGUGUCGGUAAACACUGUAAGCCUUGUACUGUAAUGUUGCUCUCCAGUAAAACUGCUCCUAGAGCCAGAGAAGGAAGGAAGAGAAGGAAGGAAGAGAAGGAAGCUUUUGAUGUCAGUGUUCUUUCUGCUUGUUGUUGUUUUCUUUGGUGAGGAGGGGGAGAUCUAAUCUGUGCUGCUGCUAGCGUCUCCGCCUGGCUCCUCUCCUCUCCUCUCCUGUCUGUAUGUAACAGGAGCAUGGCAGAGCAGAGUGAGAGCCUGGGUGAGAAGGAGCGCAGAGAGAGGUGGCAUGCACACACAGGCCCUCAAGUAUUCAUAGGCCUACACCCAGGAGGCCCGUGCUGACAGUUAUGACGCAAAUAGAACCCAGUCAGCCAAUCAGGCUGCAGCUCUGAUCUCUGCAAUCCCUACCUGUAGCACACAGACACACAGCACUCAGAUCCAGAAGUUCUCUUCAUUUCAUCAAUGAGCUGACCUUGAAACCAAAACAGGAGUAUUUGAAUCGUACUGUAGUUAAUAUACUGUAGUUAUACUGUAAUUAAUAUACUGUAAUUAAUAUACUGUAGUUAUACUGUAAUUAAUAUACUGUAAUUAAUAUACUGUAGUUAUACUGUAAUUAAUAUACUGUAGUUGAUAUACUGUAGUAUAUUACCUUGCUGGAUCAAGUGCCAGCUGAAUAAUACAUUGGAUGCAGUUAGAAAUUGUAUUGUGUUUAUUAUUAUUAUUUAUAUUCAUAUUCAUAUUAUUCUCAAACUGUGUUGAGGGAACAAUUGGAAUUGAAUACGUCAUCGUGACGCAAAUGUUAAAUGAAGAAAGGAAGGAAAGUUACAGUCCAGAGAGCAAGGAAGGGAAUGCUUAGUUAGAAGUCAUCAAUCAUUUUCUGUGAAAACGGGAGCGGAGCAGCCUGAGGAUUACAGUGUGGAGGUACAGGAACCCACAGAUAAGGCUCCAAGACAAUACAACACAUUAGUGAAUAAUGAGAUGCAGAUUGAUGCUAAUGAACGGUGGGGAAAAACACACACAGCUAGAUUGACUCUCCAUCCCCUCCUCCUCAAAAUGUGUUUGUGUUAUUGUGGCACUGGUUAGAGUCCAGUGAGUGUGUUUUGUUGGUUGUUUUAUGUUUUUUUGGUUUUAUUGCAUUUUUCUUUGUUGUUGUUUAAUUUUGCUUACCCAGAGCCAAAGCCUUAGUAGAAGAACAGCGCCUUUUGUCCCUAGGGUCCAGGUAAACACCUGUCUGACUCACAGACUCACUCUCUUUGGUCUUCGCUCGCCUUUUUCUUUUGCCUUUUUGGUUUCUUCCAUCUUGGAAAAUGCAUACCAGGGAAAUGGCAGCAUCUUUCCCUUGCAGUGCGGUGCAUUCUAUCAUCAUCAUUAUUAUUAUUAUUAUUAUUAUUAUUAUUCAUUGAUACCAUAUAACAUGAUCAUACCGUUAUGCCAGGAGUCUCGACUCUUUGCAUGACUAACUAAUCUAAAGGAAAUAUUUCAGAGAGACACUCUUCCGUUGCCAGAUCCUGUAGCCUACGCUCAACAGCAACAACAAGCUCAAACACAUUGCUCAACAUGUUAGCUGACAUGGGACUUUUAUACCUAGUCAGCUGCAACAGUGCUCCACAUUGGCAAUUAAAGGAGGGUGUCUCCUUAAAUGUUUUAGAAAAACUAUUACAUUUUGUGGGACAAAUAAAUGAGCUUAUUUGUUCUGUGGAACAUGAAACUAGACUGGACCCUCAUCCUCAUUGGCUUGACUCCCUCAGGUCCUGAAUAGGUUGCUAUAACAACAGCGGUCAACAACUGGUAAUCAUGAACACAACGUUUGCCAAAUAUUUAUGUUGACAUUUUUGAAUGGCCGUAAAUGUCAUAUUGCCCCGUGUAGCUCAGUUGGUAGUGCAUGGCGUUUGCAACGCCAGGGUUGUGGGUUCGAUUCCCACGGGGGGCCAGUAUGAAAAAUGUAUGCACUCACUAACUGUAAGUCGCUCUGGAUAAGAGCGUCUGCUAAAUGAUUAAAAUGUAAAUAUUGCAGUUAAAAGUGGGCUAAGAUAACUGUCCCUUAUUUUAAAGCAGAUUUAAAGUAAUCUUUUACCAUUUGAAUUCACUUGAACCAAACAUGCAAGGAGUCUCUAUCUUUCUGUGGGACCUUUUUGAGGAGUUGUCAUUAUUCUGGCUAGCUUGUGAGAGUUGGAGUGUGGAGUACUCAUGUUAUUUGGGAAAUCAUAUUUGUAUAUAGGUCCCAUCAUGUCCUUGUCAAGCAUCAGCUUAGCUUAGAACAAAAUAUAUAUACUGUAUACUGUAUAGGAGUUUCUGGUAUGAUAUGCACUGUUGGUUUCCUCGUUUAAAGGUAGGUGAUGUAUAGCCAACACCUCACACUAUCUGUCAGAUAAGGAGAGGGUGAGAAUGGAAGUCUAUAAAUAGGUGUGUAGUGUACCCUUGGCUCAGCUCCUGGAGGUCGAUCUAUUAGCCUUCUGUAGAAGUAGUGUUAUGCUCUACUUAACCAGGCCAUGCAAUAAUGUCAAUGUAAAUGAUGUAGCCGACUGUACAGGAAAUAUAAGCAGUGUAAUGUAUUACAUCAGGGGUAUCAUUUCAAUUUCAACUUUUCAAGGUGAAUCUGUUGCUUAAGAGUUAUACCAUCAUUCAUAUGGGGGGUACUGUAGUAUGGUCAGAGCGGACUUCAAUGUUGAGGAAGUCUUCCUAGUGCAAGCUGUUUGACCUGAAGGCCCCUACUGCCUAUGUUGUUUGACAAUAUCAGAUCUCCUGACUGAUCUUGUAUGUAUUAAAUGAUUGCUGUUGCUUUUUGUUGCUGCAUGUAUAAAGAGAUAACUGUGGUAGUCAAUGCAAUGAUUUAAGACUCCUCCCGUCAUUAUCUACAUAAGCAAGUAUGGGCAAGAGCUUAGAAGGCUUGAUUUUCCUCUAGUAUUUCAUUUAUUUUCUUUAAACAAAUAUUUCGGUUAUUUUUUAAAAACAAAUAUUUCCGUUGAUUUUCUUUCUUUCAUUUUUUACUUCUAAGUGUUCUCUGUUAUGUCCAUACUUCGCUCUGACAAGUGUGAAGUGUAUUUGAUGCCACUCAUGACAGCAUGAUUGAUUUAUAUGUAUAUUUUAGCUAUACACUGAGUAUCUGACACUGCAUUGCAGGGCUCUACAGGGCGACCAUUUUACUUGCAUAUACGCCAAAUAUUUUGCUCUGCGUCCUGGAAUUGUAAUUUAGGAGCACUAGUACGCCUACAAAAAUUAAGGAUUCUAGGUUUAAUACCUCAAAUAUUUGUCAUUGUGCUCCUAAAUAUCUUUGUGUGCGCCUAUAUUUUUCAACUUACGUGCACAUGUGCUCCUUGUAAAAAGGGUCAGCGUAGAGGCCUGCAUUGUAUUGUAUGUUUCCAAAUACAAUUUCACACCCAAAAGCAGUAAGUGUUCAUUUCAAAGCAUGUUAGUCUAAUUCUCAUGUUGUAAUGGUUCAGAUACCAAGAGCCAGGAUACUGUAGAUAUUAAUAUAGAUACACAUACUGUAUAAUCCUUUCCACACAAACACACCUAGAAAAUGUGGAUAGAGCAGCCGCACGGUAAGAUAUAGGUCAUGCUACAUAGAGUACAUAUCUGCUUUGUGGACACUAUUAAGCUAAUUUAUGCUCUCAUUGUUCAACCUUUGCUACUCUCUUUUCUUGAUAUGAUCAUAUCAUCUCCUUAUUUCCAUAUCUCAACAAACAAGAAUGCUUUUAGUACCCCCCCCCCCCCAUACCCCCCACCCCGCUAAGCAUGUGACCUGCUAAUGCCUAAUAGGUAAACCAGGGGGGGCCAACCCUCCUCCAGGAGAGGUACUGGGUGUGCAGGCUUUUACUCCAGCCCUGCUCUAAUAUAACACAACUCAGUGAUUCUACUAAUCAGCUGCUCACCAUGCAGGACCUUGAUUAGCUGAAUCAGGUGUGUUCGUUAGUUAGUAUAGAGCAGGGCUGGUGCUAAACCCUGCACACCCAGUAGCUCUCCAAGUGGAGGGUAAUGAGGUCACCCUGAUAUAGAGCCCCCCCCCUCCCCACUGGCAGCCCAGUGACCAUGUGACCCUGUUCUGUCCCAUCCAUAGGUCAAACUGUGGUAUGACAAAGUGGGCCAUCAGCUAAUAGUCACCAUCCUGGGAGCCAAGGACCUGCCUUCUAGGGAAGAUGGUCGCCCUAGGAACCCCUACGUCAAAAUCUACUUCCUCCCUGACAGAAGGUAAGAGUAGAGACAGUAACUACGGGAUGAUCUAGCUAGCAGCAUUUCACUUCAUUCCAUCCACAGCCAUUGCUUAGUGGCUAGACCUAUCCUCCAAUAUCCUAAAGUUGCCAUUGGUUGAUUGAUACAGAUAUGGGCUCUCGCAUAAUAGUGGAAUUUAUGGUAAGAAUGUCUGGCUUUAUUUACUUAUCAUUUUUUAUUUAUGGUAAUUGAAUUUGGGGACAUGUCACAUUGCAUUUAAACUGCUACCAUCACAAAGAUCAUCAUAUGUUUUACUCUACAUUUACCGACACCUUCACUGUGCUCAGAGAACCCCUUCUCAGACACAUGGAAGUAAUAAUAGAAAGUUGAACAGGGCUCCAACAUCACUCACUCCCUCACCAGCUCAUCCCAUUGUGCUGUGCUUUGCUGUGUCGUGUUGACCUGUUCGGGAGUCUUUUCUACCAUGGUUGUAAAUAAAAACAGUUUGAAUUAUUGUUCCUCCAGCGACAAAAGCAAGAGGAGAACAAAAACGGUAAAGAAAUCCUUAGAGCCCAAAUGGAACCAGACCUUUAUGUAUUCUCCUGUGCACCGGCGGGAGUUCCGUGAGCGCAUGUUGGAGAUCACGCUGUGGGACCAGGCCAGGGUCAGGGAGGAGGAAAGCGAGUUCCUGGGAGAGGUAAGCCCAUCCAUCUCUUUUUUUUUUCAUAAUAGUUUUCUAUUGUUUUAUGGACAGUGACAGUCAGAAGGUAGAGAAAAAGACAUAUGGUACAGAGGGAGACAGAGAUAAGGGGCUGAGGCGAUAUUCAUAACAGGAGUCGGCAACGCUACCACUUAACCAGACUCAGGCACUCAUCCAUCUCUGAUAUAAUACCAAACAUACCCAUCCAGUCAGGAUUUGGACAGUAACUCUGAUAGCUCAACUAAUCCAACCAAUAGGGUCAAGCUCUUGAUAAAACCCUACAUUCCAUAAGUAGGAUGAUAGGCUACUGGAGGUUGAUGUCAUCGACCCAUCAUACCUACUGUAACAUCAGCACAUACUCACUCUCUGUCCUCACUGCCAAUAGGGUUGCAGAAUUCUGGUAACUUUCCCAAAAUACCCAGGUCUUCCAGAAAUCCCGUUUGGAAUAUUCUGGGGAUCAGGAGGAAAUAAGCAGGAAAUCCAGAAUGUUAAUAAUAAUAAUAAUAUGCCAUUUAGCAGACGCUUUUAUCCAAAGCAACUUACAGUCAUGCGUGCAUACAUUUUUUGUGUAUGGGUGGUCCCGGGGAUCGAACCCACUACCUUGGCGUUACAAGCGCCGUGCUCUACCAGCUGAGCUACAGAGGACCACAUGUUCCAAUCAGGAUUUCUGGAAAACCUCAUAAAAAAUGUUUUAUGUCGGGCCAGGCGUGUGGAGGUCUUGAUCUGAGUCCAGUUAUCAGUGGCUAGUGUGUUGAGGACUGUGAGUGUUUGUGUGUGUGUGUGCAUGCAUGUGUGUUUGUAUGUGUGGUGUGUGUGUGACGUUGGUGUGUUUCUUCUUUAGAUCCUGAUAGAGCUGGAGACAGCCCUGCUGGAUGAUGAGCCUCACUGGUACAAGCUGCAGACCCACGACGUGUCCUCCAUGCCCCUACCCCGCGCCUCGCCCAACCCCCAGCGCAGACAGCUCCACGGAGAGAGCCCCACGCGGAGGCUACCCAUACAGAGUAGGUUACCCCUCCGCCCUCACAUCCAUAACCUGUAUACUAGUUUAUACUAGAACUGUGAAGGAAAGCUCCUGUCUGUUCGAGCCCCAAACCUCAGGAUAGGGAAUGAGACAUGAGUGGCGAACCAACCGUCCAUUUCGUAAGACAUGCACUGUGAAAAGUGACAGAAAGUCAGAUAAUUUUGAAAAGCCAAUAUGGUGGCAGGCAGGUGCCCUGUUACCAACUGUCUUUGCCUGUCUGCCAAAGCCUGAAGGAUUUAUGAAGUAUUUAUUACUGUUAGUAUGUUGAUACGGUGUUGUCUGUUUUCUUAUCCCUCUCAACUCAACCUGAUACUUACAGAAAAAGGCCCGUAUUCGUACAAUUCAGGUAACGGCCCCCGCAUGUUGUUCCAUGCUGCUCUCGUCACUGAGCUCUCUCUCCACUCAGUGUUGCUGUUCACACGAAGACUCCUUCUCUCCCCUCUGCUUCAGUCCUAUUGCACUGUUCUCUACCUCCAGUGUUCUCUCAUGCCACUCCUCCAUUAGCUAUCUCACAAUUCCCUUCGAUCCUCGCUAUGCUCCCUCUCCGCUCCACCUCAGUUCUUAGACAAGAUGGCCACCUCAUGGUCAGCCUCAGACCCGGCAGGUUUCUGUUUCCCAGUCCAGAUCCUGGUGAUUUAGCUAUAUCAAAGAGCUCUAUCCACUCCUCUGUUUAUCAUUUGAAUAUGUUGACCACUUGUUUUCCCAGUGCAAUGCAUUGUCUCAUCUCCCGCCCGAUGCCAACAUUUUCCCUUUGAAAAAUAUUAUGAUAAUUAUUCUGGUUUUUGUUCUUCUUCUCCUUGGCUUGUGUCUGUGUCUCUGUUGUCUGUUGGGUGUGAACUUGUAUUUGCACUUGACUUGACAUAUUUCUAAUGUAUGUAACCGGCACAUGUAUUUCCAAUGUUAAGGCUUGAGAUUAUUGACAGUGAUAGCUGAGUUUUACAAUUUUUACGGGGUGUUUGUGCGUGUUUGUGUGUGUGUGAGGUGAAAGAGCUGACCGCUCUAAAACAGGAGCAUUAAAACAGUUUCUGCCCAUCUGAGAUGUGAGGGAGAGAGAGAGAGUGUGUGUGGUGUGAGAGAGAGAGAGAAGAGAGAGAGAGAGAGAGAGAGGAGAGAGUAGACUUCUCGAGAGCGAGGAGACAUAGAGUCGCGCUGAGUGAGCAUGCCCCGAGGCUCCGCGCUCUCGCAUCGCUCGACGCGCCCCCUGCUAGCCUCUCUGUCUCGUCUCGACGCGAGAUCGAAUCCCCUCUAUCCUCUCCUGCUCUAGACUAUCGACCCUCUUUGAGUUUAGAUUGAUGCUCUAGAGCGCUGCCAGAAUGCAGCUCUUGUCAUUUCUGUAAAAGCCCAAGUGUCCAGUUGAUUUAAGUUGACUGAACAGUGAAGAAGUCAGAAAAGCAGCCAAGUUUAGAGUGAGUGUGGGACGACUCGGAAAGAGGGAUGAGGGAGGGAGGGAGUUGUUCUGAAGACGGUUGAGACGGUAGAAUACCUCUCAGACUCGAUCUUCAGAUGUACAUUGAAUGAUUGAAAUGUCAGUUCAAAGCACCACCGUGAAAAACAUGGAAGCUAUUGCCAAUUAGGCUAGAUGGAGAGGACCACACAACAUUGUUUACAUCACAUCCAACAUCAUGUCUCACACUAUUAUAUGUUACAGUUGUUCUCUUUAAAUUCUACUUUAUAUCACAUUAUAGCUAAAAUAGGCAGCUCCCACGUUGGUGGGUAAAACCAGAAGAGGCAGACUUAUAUUUCUGGAGAGUAUAUGUAGGUCUUGGUUGACUCCUUGGUUGUAAAGUGUGGUCAGUAAUGGUCAGUGUAAGAACGUGACUUUGAGAUACAAUAUAAUACUGUUAAAUAGUGUUCUAAAAAUAAAUAGUGUUCUAUUUCUGUGUCUGCGGCUUUCCCUGACUAUGUCCAGGACUGGAGCAUUGGUCUAGACCAACUGGACAUCACUGGUGACAGCUAGGCCACAGAGCCAUGGUCUGACCAGGGUAAGAGGACAGACCCUGCAGUAAACUAACCUCUAUCCUUCUCUUCUCUUCUUUCUUCAUCUCUCCUCCAGGAUCUCAGAGAAUCAGCGACAGUGAGAUCUCUGACUAUGACUGUGAAGAUGGUGUUGGUGUUGUGUCAGGUAAGAUACUACUGACAGAGUCACACAUGAAUAAUAAUCAUAGUCGCUCACAGUAUAAUGUUGAUGCAGCUAACGCAGGGGUAAACAGUAUAUGAACAUACAGCUGUAUGUAUGUCUAUGUACUGUAAUGUAUCAUAUUAUGUUUUAGAAGAAGGUAGCUAGCUAAGAUAUUGCAGCAGCUCUAUAAGGAGCAGUGAGUUUCUUUUCCUUCCCUCUGCACUACAGUAGCUAGCUGCUCUCCUGUACGCAGGCAGCAGGCGCCCACGCUAGUCGCAGCCUGACGCUGCUGCACUUCAAAUGAGAGGCUGUUGCGAGAGAGAGAGAGAGAGAGAGAGAGAGAAGAGUCAGCGAGAUAGAGAGAGAGAGAGAGAGUAGCGACUAGAGAGAUCCGGAGUGAUGAGAGAGAUCAUUAGCUGAGAUAGAGGAGUAGGAGAGAGAGAGAAGAGAGGAGAGAGAGAGAAGAGAGCGAGAGUGUUUAGCGAGAGAGAUUAGCGAGAAGAUGUUUAGCGAGAGAGGAUCUGCUGAGAGAGAUUAUAUAGACUACUCUGAUUGUUAUCGAGAUUGUUAGCGUUAGCGAGCGAGAUAGAGUCUAGAGACGAGAGAAGAGAGAGAGCUGCGCUCCUAGAGAGAGAGAGAGAGAGAGAGUUACUGUAGCAGGCGAGGCAGAACCCAGACAGCUGUGUGUGUAAUAGAUGAGGAGGAAACCCUCCCACCUCUGUAACAUUCUCAUCAGUCCCCCUCUCUCACAUCACAGCCUCCUCCCUCACUACGCCCACGAUGUCCCUUCACUCAGUGGGAAUACCCCUCUCCUCUAUCUUCUCUCUUUCUCUCUUUCUCUCUCCUCUCCUACCUCUCCCCUCUCGUUUCCCCUCGCUCUUUCUUCUCUCUCUCUCUCUCUCUCCUCACCCUAUCUUCUCUUCCCUCCACCCUUGUUUCCCAGAGAUUUUUAUAAUCCCCUUUCCUCCUAUCUUCUCCAUAUCAAACUACUGAUACUAUACUAAGGGAGAAGAGAUGAUACAUUUUCACAGGAAUAAAAUAUUGAUUGGUUUUGUCCUCUUGUCUCUUUUAGUAGUUUCUCUUCUCCCUGAAUUGAGAUGUCACUGCUGUGGUUUUAACUAAGUGAAGCUGUGAUGCAGUCACUCUUCUCUGCUGGUUAUGUCCUGUUAAUUAAGAUCUGAGGUUUUCUCCUCUAUAUAUAUAUAUGCUUAACACACAGUUUCUAGUCAUGUGUGAAGCGGCUUGUCAAGAGAACCAAUGAAUUACAUUUGGGUUGUGCACGCAAGGCAAGCUGAUUGCAGAGCUGGGUAUUUAGCUAACCCAGUGUUGGGCAGAUGUUAGAUAGUGAAAUGUAAUGAUGUCAGGUGGAAUUGGUUUAAUGUUUCUCUAUUGUUUCCACUAUAGUAAAUAUGUAUGCUGUAGUGUUAUGCAGGACUUGAUUGUGAAUCAUUUUAACAUAAUAUUCAUGCACAUAAUACUGUCCUUUUAUGUUAACAGGGUUCCUUCUAUGCAUAAUUUGAAGGAAUUCAGGUUUCACAAUGCAGCAAACUCACUUUCAAACAUAUUUCUAAGAGAAAAUCAAAUUAUUUGGAGAUAAUUUAUAAAAGUAUAAAAGUAUCAGACUAAAGUAGCUGUGAAGGUGAACUUUUCCUCUCAUAUUUCAUAACGUCUUGUGUUUCCUUCCUAAUCCUACCUUUGAUUCACGGUUACGUUUAACUCAUUUUAAUGUGCUAUACACUCUAUUGAAUAUUAAUCAACGUUAAUAGUGCAAAGCGUUGACCUUAACCAUGGCUCCUGGCCAUGGAUGAUUAUUGAAUAAUGAACUCAUUCAAGUUCUAUGGACUAAUCAGUCUAGCAGGGAAAAGUCAUUAUAAUGUUUCUGAUUUUUGAAAGCUAUUUUCAUGUUUAAUGCAAAAAUGUUAACCGCAAUGACUUGAAUCACAUGAACAUCGAUUUGAGACCAAGCCCUCAUUUAUUUGAAUAUAGAGAGCCUCAGCAUUUUGAAAAUUGAAAGCCAUCAACCAUUAUGCCACUGUGUGCAACUUCUGAAAAGUUUGAAAGAAUCCUCUGAAAAUGAAUGUUAAGAAACCUAAAUAAUUUUUGUUAUGCUAGGUGAACUGCUAAACCAUAUUUUAUUACCGUUGACAGUAUGGUCGUUAUUUGAAGCAGUGUGUAUGGUCAAUAGGGAGGAAAGGUUGUAGCCUGGUACCAGAUCAGUUUGUGCUGCCUUGCCAACUAGACAAGACAGUACACACAGAUCUGGGACCAGGUUAGAAAGGCUGUGCUCAGAACAAUGAGUCUGUCUCUGAAUGACUUCUGACAUCUCUCGCUCUCUCUCUCUGUUUCUCUCUCUCUUUCUCUCUCUGUUUCUGUCUCUCUCUCUGUUUCUCUGUUUCUCUCCCUGUUUCUCUCUCUGUUUUUCUCUCUCUCUCUCGCUCUCUGUUUCUCUCUCUUUCGGUCUCUCUCUUUCUGUUUCUCUCUCUGUCUCUCUCUUUCCCCCUCUCUAUCCAGACUACCGGCAGAACGGCAGGGACCUACAUAGUUCCACGUUGUCUGUCCCCGAACAGGCGAUGUCAUCCAACCACUGCUCGCGGUCGGCAGAUAUGAACCGGGCGCGGUCGCGGUCUCCCAGCGUCCCCCCUCCACAGAGGUAACUCCCCCACCUCACUUAUCCCCCAUCUAGCCCAGCAUCCCAAGUUGUAUCCCUUACACAAAAACAAACAGUAUGUGCCAAACUGCACCAUACUGGGAACUGAGAACCACAACUGAUAUCAGAGGUUGUCCUUUAAGUGGUAUCUCUGUGAUAGUUGUCUUGAUAGUAGAAUGUUUAACCCAAAUAACCGCACUGGGAUCUCACUCACACUGACAGUGAUAGCAUUAAGGUGAGUAGGUGCAUCCCCGAGCCACUAGGAGACACUGUGGGGAGUUUGUACUGUGACUGUACAGUACUAGGGGGGUGAUCCAGUGAUUCUGUUGUAUACAGCAGAAGUCUGGACCCCGGCUAUGACAUUGACCCCGCGUCGUCUCAGUACAGCUCCUCCAGUAGAGUGGACCGGCGCAGUGUGUCCGAUGACCACCACUCACCUGACAGGUAGAUAUACCUGUCUCACACAGCUUGACACAGCUUGACACAGCCUAACACAGCCCCACACAACCUCACACAGCCUCACACACCAGCUCCUGCAGACAACACAACCAACUGGGACUGACAGGGUUCCAACCCGGGAUGUCUGCGAGCCACAAGGCUGUGUAACUGUUAGACCUCUGAGCUAAAGGCAUUAGCUCUGGAGCUAACCCAAAUGUUCAGGUCUCAGGCACGGUUACUAAUCACAUGAGCGUGGUUUCACUGAACUGCCUCUGUUACACAACCAUACACCUGUUUAAUCUGCCUGAUGCUUUCACACCUAGAACUGCUAUACGGAUAUCUCACAAGUGCUCACAUGUCAACCUGUCCCUUUCCCUAAAACGUCCUAUGAACUCAAAUCUCCUCUCUGAUGUCCUGCAAUCGGUGGAUCUUAAAUUAACCUCUUCUCUUCUUUGUGUUCAAAUCCUGUUGCCUUAUUAAUACUGAGCGGGGACCAUUAACUCCGGUGCUCAGACUCAUUAGAAUCACAAUGUGUGCAUCCCAAAUGGCACCCUAUUCCCUAUAUAGUGGACUACUUUUGAACAUGUUGUGUUAGUCGAAUGUACGGGAUACGCAUGGUAUACAUGGUCCAACGAAAUGCUUGCUUGCAGGUUCCUUCUGGACAAUGCAACAACAAUAAGAAAUAAGGAAAGAUAAGGACAGGGCUCUGGUCCAAAGUAGUGCGCUAUGUAGGGAAUAGGGUGCCAUUUGGGACGCAACCCAUACAACUACAUUUUAAACACAGAACAAUUGACUAGAGGUUAUAGUAGAUAAUUAUAUAUGGAUAGAUUAUAGUCACCAUAUAACUAGAAUGUAAAUGCAUGCCAAUAUACUGUAGAUAGAUUACAGUGACCAUAGAACCAAACACAUUCCAAUCACCCUUUAAUGAGUGUAGUAAUAGAGUUUAAUAGCAGCUGUUAAUCUGUGAGAGGGAACUAAACUACAGUAUAACACCACUGUCUCUUCUACUGUUCCUCUUCACUGGAGCCUUUUGCUGUACCCCAUAUGGCAUCUUAUUCCCUAUAGAGUGUUCUACUUUUGUCACGUUCGUUGAAGGACAGGACAGACCAAGGCACAACGUGAUAUACGUACAUGUUUAUUAACGUAAUAAACACUCGACAAAACAAUAAACGAAACGAAACGUGAAGUCCAAGGUAGCACACACAACAUAGGAACAAGAUCCCACAACCCACUAGUGCCAAUAGGCUGCCUAAGUAUGAUCCCCAAUCAGAGACAACAAGCUACAGCUGCUUCUGAUUGGGAACCACACCGGCCAACAUAGAUCUACACAUAAUAGAUCGAAACAAAGAAAACACACAACAAAGAAUAUACACACCCUGACUCAACAUUUAAGCGUCCCCUGAGUCAGGGCGUGACAGUACCCCCCCCCAAAGGUGCGGACUCCGACCGCACAACAUAAACAUAACAGGGUAGGGGCCGGGUGGGCAUUCCGCCUCGGAGGCGGAUCUGGCUCGGGGCGUGACGACCUCUCACUCUCCGCCUCCCUGUUGCGCCCCUGGUCUGGUCUGGACCUCGGCGCGCUGCUUCCCCUCUCCUUCCUCCCACGAUACGCCAGGCCCUGUCUGGACCCUGGUGUGGGAGACCCCGAACCUGGAGAGGGGCUGACGUCAUGGUCUGGACUGGAGCCGCUGACCGGAGCUGGACUGGGCACCGGUGGAGCGGACUGCUCUGGCUCCGGAGUGGAGCCGCUGACCGGAGCUGGACUGGACCCCGGUGGAGCGGACUGCUCUGGCUCCGGAGUGGCGCAGCUGACCUGAGCUGGAUCAGGCACCGUUGGAGCGGACUGCUCUGGCUUCGGAGUGGAGCAGCUGACCGGAGCUGGAUCAGGCACCGGUGGAGCGGACUGCUCUGGCUCCGGAGUGGAACAGCUGACCGGAGCUGGAUCAGGCACCGGUGGAGCGGACUGCUCUGGCUCCGGAGUGGAGCAGCUGACCGGUGCCGGUCCAGGCACCGGUGGAACGGGCACGGACCGUGCCGGACUGGACAAACGCACCACUGGUCUGGUGAGAGGAGCAGGCACGGGCCGGACCUGACUAGGAACACGCACCACUGGCUUGGUGCGAGGGGCAGGAACGGGCCGGACUGGCGACGCGCACCACUGGCUUGGUGUGAGGAGCAGGCACGGGCCGGACCUGACUAGGAACACGCACCACUGGCUUGGUGCGAGGGGCAGGAACGGGCCGGGCCGGACUGGCGACGCGCACCACUGGCUUGGUGCGUGGAGCAGGAACAGGCCGGGCCGGGCUGGCGACGCGCACCACUGGCUUGGUGCGAGGAGCAGGAACAGGCCGGGCCGGGCUGGCGACGCGCACCACUGGCUUGGUGCGAGGAGCAGGAACAGGCCGGGCCGGGCUGGCGACGAGCACCACUGGCUUGGUGCGAGGAGCAGGAACAGGCCGGGCCGGGCUGGAGACGCGCACCACUGUCUUGGUGCGAGGAGCAGGAACAGGCCGGGCUGGCGACGCGCACCACUGGCUUGGUGUGAGGAGCAGGAACAGGCCGGGCCAGGCUGGCGACGCGCACCACUGGCUUGGUGCGAGGAGCAGGCACAGGCCGGGCCGGGCUGGCGACGCGCACCACUGGCUUGGUGCGAGGAGCAGGAACAGGCCGGGCCGGGCUGGCGACGCGCACCACUGGCUUGGUGCGAGGAGCAGGAACAGGCCGGACCGGACUGUGAAGGCGGACUGGAGGUCUGGAGCGGAGAGCUGGCACAACCCGUCCUGGCUGGCUGCCCACUUUCGCACUACAUGUGCGGGGCGCUGGCACAGGACGCACUGGGCUGUGCACGCGCACUGGCGAUACAGUUCGUAGAACUGGCGCAGGAUAUGCGGGACCGAGGAGGCGUACUGGAGACCAGGAGCAUUGAGCCGGCACACCCCGUCCUGGCUGGAUGCCCAUCUUCGCACGGCACGUGCGUGGUGCAAGCACAGGACGUACAGGACUGUGCCGGCGCACUGGCGACACAGUACGUAGCUCCGCAUAACACGGAGAUUGCCCAGUCAUACGCCUCUUCGCGUGAGUACGGGGAGUUGGCUCUGCUCUAACCCUAGGCUCCGCCAACUACCCCGUGUGCCCCCCCCAAAAUUGUUUCUUGGGGCUGCUUCUCGGGCUUCCUCAUUGACCGGCCUCCUCCGUGUUGCCGUUGCUCCUCUCCUGUCUGGGCAUUUACCUUAGCCCAUGGUCCUCUCCCCGCAAAUAUCUCUUCCCAUGACCACAAAUUGCCCACCUGUGACAUGGCUACUCGCUCCGCCUGGGCACGCUGCUUGGUCCUCGUUUGGUGGGAUCUUCUGUCACGUUCGUUGAAGGACGGGACAGACCAAGGCGCAGCGUGAUAUACGUACAUGUUUAUUAACGUAAUAAACACUAGACAAAACAAUAAACGAAACGAAACGUGAAGUCCAAGGUAGCACACACAACAUACCUUACAAGGAACAAGAUCCCACAACCCACUAGUGCCAAUAGGCUGCGUAAGCAUGAUCCCCAAUCAGAGACAACGAGCUACAGCUGCCUCUGAUUGGGAACCACACCGGCCAACAUAGAUCUACACAUAAUAGAUCGAAAACAUAGAAAACACACAACAAAGAAUAUACACACCCUGACUCAACAUUUAAGCGUCCCCUGAGUCAGGGCUUGACAACUUUUCACCAGAGCCCUAUGAUUCUUGGUCAAAAGUAGUGCACUAUGUAGGGAAUAUUGUGCCAUUUGUGACACAUCCUGUGUUUGCCUGGGGCCAUGUGGUGUUAUGAUGUUCCUUCCUCCACCACGCCUGAGACUAUAGUAAUAGAAUCUCUAGAAUGGACAACCCCACUCAAGUCAUUACCCAUCAGUGUACUGUCAAAUUGCUGUGGUCUGAGGGGCCUUUCCCAUUCUAGUCAUACUGUUUCUAUGGCAGUGCCAGACAGGUCCCGCUACAGCACCAACACCAGCCCAGCGUCUCAGACAUACAGCUCAGCCUUGGCACAGUUCUCUUCUCCUUACUUACUUACCUCCUCCCAUCGUCCAAUUAAGUUGAUUUGAUAUUUCUGAGGCGAGGAUGGUUGAGGCAGUCUAAAUCAGGGCCAGACACAGGAAAUGCACUUAUCUAGAUUGUGUGUGACAGACAGUUGCUCACUAAGACUGUAUUUCAGCUUCUCCUUAAUCAACUACUGCUGUUAUUUAUUGAAAACAGUCGAAAAUUAGGAAACAGGAAAUGAGUCAUAUGUGUACCAAAUUGCACCCUAUUCCCUAUAAAGUGCACUACUUUUGACUAUAGCCCUAUGGGACUGGUCAAAAGUAGUGCACUGUAAAGGGAAUAGGGUGCCAUUUGGGAUGCAUUCAUAGAUCAUUUGGAAAUGACCCAGUCUACCUCUAAAUAAUAAUAAUACUUUCUUACAUCAUUAUUUUUGGGAAUUUACAUUUUUGAGAGGUUGUUUAUAUUGUGUUAUUUUGUUUUGAAAUCCAACAACAUAUGGAUGUACUUUAUUUUGUUUUUCAGUUUAUGUUGUAAAGUUGAUGUACAGACAUUUGGACAGUUAGGGGGCCAUUCCUGAAUUGGAUUGUGAAUCCCAUACAGUAACACCAACAACGUUCAGUAUCUUACAAGGUUUGGUUUGAAUCCACUGUGCAGCAUGUGUGUUACAGUACGAACAGUAAGUUAGGAGCGCCUCAUCAUGCAUCGCAAUGGGUUUUCUAACCUGAGGAAGGACUGCACCAACAUCCUCUCCUUCUCUCCUCCAACACUGUACCGCCAACCCCCCCCCCCCCCCCCUCUCUCUCUCUCUCUCGCUGUGUCUCUCUCAUGCUAUCUCUCUCCCCGUGUCUCUGUAUCGCUAUCUCUCUCUCUCCUGUGUCUCUCUCUCGCUAUCUCUCUCUCUCUCUCUCUCUCUCCCUGUCUCUCUCUCUCUCUCUCCCUCUCUCUCUCUCUCUCUCCCUGUGUCUCUCUCUCGCUAUCUCUCUCUCUCUCUCCCUGUGUCUCUCUCUCACUAUCUCUCUCUCUUUCCCAGUGUCUCUCUCCCGCUAACGCUCUCUCUCUCCCUGUGUCUCUCUCUCGCUCUCUCUCUCUCUCUCCCUGUGUCUUUCUCUCACUAUCUCUCUCUCUCUCCCUGUGUCUCUUCUCUCUCUUUCUCCCUCUCCUCCCUCCCCAUUCAGCCCCAUCCAACCAUGUCUCUGUUCUCUCCCUUCAUGUCUCGCAGCCAUUUUCUCACCCUACCUCGAUCCAGACGCUGUCAACCUAGUGAUGAUCAUCAGAAGGAAUCCAGGUAGACCCUUACCUGACAGUGCAUGUUCCUCCCUCCCUCCCACCCUCCACUCCGUCCCCUGUCUGUCUGUAGGAAGCUGCUGGCCUAUCAAGCUUCAAGCCUGUGUUGGUUUAAUGGCAAUGGCACACAAACCUAUUCACUUCACAUCCCAAGCCAAUGCCAUUGACGACACAACGUGUGGUGUGGUGUGGGCAGCCAGGUAUAUAUUUCUCCCUUCCAGGACAAAUAUACUGUAUAUGCAUCAGUGUAGUGUGUGGCCUUUUGUAGAAAAAAAGGUGCUAUCUAGAAUCUAAAAGGGUUAUUUUGCUGUCCCCGUAGUAGAACCCUUUGAAUAACCCGAUUAGGCUCCAUGUAGAACCCUUUCCCCAGAGGAUUCUAUAUGGAACCCAAAAUAGUAUUUGUUAUCUUAGAUUGUACCUUGAGAUAUACCUCAAAGAAACUAGCCUGUCAAUACUGUGAAAUUGAUGUGUCCUGUGGUUUGUGAAGAGUUGUCCAGCAGAGGUAGUUACCCCUGCCCAGUGUCCACCCUGUGUUGUACCAGUGUAUAUGACGGUAUAUGAAUCCUAUAUAUCUGAUAUACAGUCCUUAUGAUGGCUACCCAUCCACAGCGGUCAAGGUGGAUGUUGUGUUUGGAUCAAACCACAAGAGAAUAGUAGAGGUACAGAGAGUUGGUGCGCCCCCAUCAACUGUCCCCUUAACAGUCUACAGAGAGUUGGUGCGCCCCCAUCAACUGUCCCCUUAACAGUCUACAGAGAGUUGGUGCGCCCCCAUCAACUGUCCCCUUAACAGUCUACAGAGAGUUGGUGCGCCCUCAUCAACUGUCCCCUUAACAGUCUACAGAGAGUUGGUGCGCUUCCAUCAGUUGUCCCCAGGGUCAUGUGAAUACCAGGUUCCGUCCACAGGUUCAUGACCUUCUCUCACUCUGUCCCACCUGACCAACCUGGUGUUAAGGUAUUCUUAAAACACACAUUGACUCCCUCUGACCGCUCUCUUUUCGCCAGCCGCAACCACCGCAUAUCCAACAUCAGUCGAGAAGAGGCAGUCAGGUUACUGCGCUCCACUAGGAUGUCCCGAGCCCACUCUGAGGGCGCGUACUCCUCCUCUGCUUCCUUCGACUAUGACUACAAGAGGUAUUCACAUUACAGUGUCUCUACGUAUAUAUCCACAGUCAGCCAUUUUGUGGGUCUUUUUCUCUGUAGUCGUCUGUAUGACAUUAACAUUUUUCUAUGUGAUUGUAAAAGGUGAUGAACCCCCACGUGAUAUCCUGGGUGAUAUCUGGUUCUGGAGCAUGUCAUCACAGCUCUGCUCAAGUUGUGUACUAGACCCAUAAACAACACAACUGCCUCCGAUUACUGUGUAAUAUUGAGGCUGCUGCGAGCUAUCGUGUCUCGACAUCAGUUGUGACACGUAUCGUACUCUGUUGAUGUUUUGUUGUCAUGCCUACUAGUCUACCAUCAGUGGUUGUUUUGGUGAUGACUGGUGUCCUGUUUGUAUCUGGGUAAAUAAAGGUUGGUAGCUCUGAUGCUCAGCUCUGCAGGUAAUAUAAGGGCUGCAUUGAACAAAAGGACACAUGGCCUUUUGAUGCUGCUGGUGGUAAUGGGCUGUUUACCUUACCUUUAUUAAUGCAUGGUUGUCUCUAACAUUACCCCCACCAUCUUGGAUGGCCUGGAUUAUUAUUAACAGUGGUUAACUGUAUGUCUGCAGUUGGUAUUUUAUCUGGCCCUCUCUGUCCUCUUCAAACUAUGUCGUUUUCAUUCUGAUGAAGGCCAAUAUGGCCGAAAAGGUCAAUACCACUAGAAUAAAGGAUAUUUUUAUAAUCUCAAGAACGAGAACUAUGCCUAGCCAUUCUCCUCAUGCUGACUCUCAGAGGGUCUGUCUGUUUCUCUUCUGUUCUGGACCUGACUGACUUUCUCUAUGCUAAGAGUGCUAAGUAUGGGAAGCUCAGCCUUGCCCCAUUCCCAGGCUGUGCCAGCACUAUGAUGGCCUAGGUUCAGGUUCAGGUUCCCCCAGGUGUGUGUGCCAGGCCCAAUGUUGUGAUGUGCCAGUUCAGCGGGCUGGGCCGAGCCGGGCACUCCCAAAUGAUGCCCUAGUCCUUAUAUAGUGCACUACUUUUGACCAGAGUCCUAUGGGAACUGGUAAAAUGUAGUGCACUAAAUAGGGAAUAGGUUGUCAUUCGGAACGCAACAUCACACUCUCAGCACCCCCCUGGAGUAAUGCUGCAAAUAGCUCCUCCUGGGUUCCCAUCGCUGCCAUCUGGCUGUCAGUCAAAAACGACACGCCGUGCAUUUUCUCUCCAGCAGAAAAAAACGAUGAGUCGUCAGAACUGAGGCAGCGCAACUGACUUUAUUCAAGUGUCACAAAGUUUCCCUGAGCGAGGCCGCGGCCCAGAUAGCUUCUCUCUCUCUCUCUCUCUCUCUCUGUCUGUCUGUAGAUUGGCAGGGAGAUGAAUGGUUCUCACGUCCUAUGGCAGUCACACAGUCACAGAGGAAAGGUGAGGAGAAUAAAUGUCCCUUCCGCUUCCAUUCCAACUGUGUGUCUUCUCUUUCUGCUAUAUUCAGACAGAUUAGGAGAGAGAGAGACAGAGACAGAGGGAGAGGGAGAGAGAGAGGGGAGAGAGAGAGACAGAGAGGGAGAGUCAGAGAGAGAGAGAGGAGUGGCUCAGAGCCCCGGGUGAGUCGCUGGGGCCCGUGAGGCCCCUGAGAAUGGGCCCCUGCCAGCACAGUAGAUCUAGACAGUGACCUUGGAUAGAAGCCAUGCUCCUCACACAUGAUUGGCUGUAGAACUAGAAAGCAAAGUAUUUGUCUGUGUCCCAAAUGGCAUCAUAUUCCCUUUAUAGUGGACUGCUUUUGACCAGGCCCAAUAAGGUUGAGAUGGCAAGUCUAUAUUGUGGGGGACUUCAUAUUGUAGCUACUUCAGUAGAUGUAUAGUUUUAGUAGGAGUAGUGCAGUGGUAAGCAACGUAAUAACAGUGUAGAUGUUACAUAGAUGCAUAUAUGUUACAGUAGCACUGGUGCUGUUGUAGAUCUAACUAGAGUUUUAAUGUUUCUACUGUGCAACAAAGGUGUGCAAAAUAUUAUCAGAGUAUAUACUAACCACGCCAGACUUGGGCUGUUUGAGUUAAUAUUUAGACUGGGUUGAAAUCCCAAGGGAAUAUUCUGAACGGUAGAGAGAGAGAGAGCAGAGCUAUGGUUCUAUGGUGUACUACAGUAUCCAUCACAACACACCUCUAGUAACUAACAAGUUGUUUGAUUCUGACAUCUCCUUUACUGUUCAAAGCCAUCAAUCCCUGGACGUAACGACCUGAGGAUCGUAGACCACUAAUGAUUAUGAUGAUGGUCACCAUCGUUAAAGUCUCAGGCAACGUAAGGUCAUUCACUGGCUGAUGAAGUGGCUGUGUUGCGAUUGGCUGGUGUAGAACAGGAGUGACCCGAACGCUGUGUUGCGAUUAGCUGCUUUACAACAGGAAGCAGGAAGCAUAGCCUCUGCUGGACAACUUUCCACUCAAUUAACAUUCACUAUUUUAAUGUGCUGCCACCGUGUUCUCAGUGUUUUGUGUUUUUGACUUUGCAAAUGCUGCUCAUGUCAGAUGAUAAUCCACAUCUGGUCAAAAUAAGGUAUUUUUCUUGAUGAGCAUUUGCAAUGACAAUGAUAUGUCUAACUGAUGUGACCUGAUCUUCAAGAUAUACACAUGCUAUUGAGAGGUAAUAACACUUAUUGCCUAUGAAGAUGCUUAUGGAACAACACACAACAAAACAACAGAAUAUUCUUGUUUUUUAUUGUACAUAAUGAUACUGUGUACAUGUGUAUGCAUGUGAAAUGCAUUUUAUUCCAUUUUAUUUCCAAACUGCUCAAAGUGCCAAAAAUAUAUUUUCUUGGUCUUUUUCCAACUGCAUUUCAGUUACAUUUUACAAUGGCAGGGCGGCGACAGCUUCAGGCAUGUACCGUGCAGGAGUAUUGUAAGCUAGUAGGCUGAAUGGAAACCAACCAACACAUGCUAUUCCACUAUUCUCUCACAUCUCAUUCCAAAGGGCCUCCCACUCACUCACUCACUCAGUCACCUACCACAGAUGAGGGACACAUUGUCCCCUGCCUGUCCCUGUCCCUGUCCCUCCCUGUCUCACCACAUACCACUGCUACGCCCUGUUCCUACUCUACUGUAGGUGCCAGCAGGUCCCUCUGGGGCCCAGCCCAGGGACCCAGGCCAUGCAGCACUCUGCUGUAUCAUAUCACCUGAUCAUCAUCAGCAGCUCCACUGAGCCCCCUCCUUCCUUCCCUUCUCUCAAUAACGUGUUGCAGGAACCACGGAGCCGUUGAUAGGCAUGAGUAUCACAGCAGGUCCAGGUCAGCUGACCAGCGUCCCGCGCUAGAGCGCACCACCACCUCCCGCUCGCGGUCCACGGAGCGGCCCGACUCCGCCCUCAUGAGGUCCAUGCCGUCUUUACCCUCCGGACGCUCCGCCCCUCCCUCACCUGCCUUAACGAGGUGACCAGACAGACACGUCUACAGGAGGCUGGUGUCAUUUUAAAUCAGACGACGGGUUCAUUGUAAUGGCUGGAAUGGAGUGAAUGGGAUGGAAUCAAACACAUGCGUUUGAUGUGUUUCAUACCUUUCCAUUUCUGCCAUUGCAGCCAUUAAAAUGAGCCCAUCCUCCGAUUUCUCCUCCCACCAGCCUCCACUGCAUAGCUACUGCCCCACCAAUCCAAAGAAUAACCAACAACCACCACCCACCCCUCUCUCUGCCUGUCUCACUGCAACCAACCACCACCCACCCAGCAUCCAAUCAGCAUCCAGCCAGCUCACCACUUUAUCAUUUACACCCCCCCACCCCUAAAGCAACGAAUGGUGCUGCAUUUCCUUCCCCAUCCCAGACUGGUAGUAGACUAGAUACUAACUCUUUUCGUUUUUGGAACACACUACUUAUACAGUACUUUGACUGAGUAUAGUAGUGCUGGACCACAAUUGUGAUUUUCUUUCUUUACUAACAUGACCUAUUAUUAUCCAGUAAUUACAUUCUUUAUUCCAGUUUUUAUUUUUAUUUUUUAAUUUUUUUGUAGACCAUCAGAUCGCAUGGUCGCAUUGGUCCACAUUGAACGAACGCCCAUGGGUGCUGUCCUCACUCUUUCCUUGCAGCUUGAUGGGUCGAGUGAAACAUGCGAUUCAUCACCUUGCAACUGAUGCUACAUUAUCUCUAGCAUGUCAUGUGCCAAAUGUAAUUGUUUAUGUGCUUUAGAGUUCACCGACUGAACAGGUUAAGGUACCAGUACACCUUUCGAUACAAGCCAUUUUCGGGCAAUAACUUUUAGUCAUUAGAAAAUUAAGUGAUAAUUCAAGCUACAGUAUUAAAUGGAUGCUUCUACAUAGCCUGACUUCAAAACAUAUUCUCAGAAGCCCUUUUGAAUACAGAUUUGUUUAGCAGACACACAUGCUCAACUGGCAGAUGCUGUAAAAACAUAAUAAAAGUCUUAUGGGACAAAGAAUAUCUGUUGAGAAUACGUUCAAUACGAUAGAUUUUUUAAAAUACACUACAGAAAGUAAAAGGCAUUUAGUUAUUAACUUGAUCAGUUAAUUGAUCAGGUAAGUGUCCAGCUUUCACCGAUCCAACAACAUGGCAGCAUCCCUGGUUGAGCAUGGACAUGAUUGUUCACAACAUGUCCAGUAUAUAUAUGAACUGACAUAUAUAUGUGUUUGAUACAAUCUUUUUCCCAUGUUUGGUUCAUUAGCAACCCAAGUAGACAGUAUUAGUUUGUUUGUGAUGUGUUGAUGUUUCUACAAGCAGCCUGAAACCAUCCUAUCCUCUUACAUAACAAAGCAAAGCACGCUGGGAAAUGUAGUCCUUCUGCUUGUCCGGGGCCUUCCAACCAAUCACAGGUCAGCUCUGUGCAUGACCUCUGAUCCCUGACUCACCCAGACUGUACCACUUUAUGUGUCGUCCCCCCCCCCCCCACCCCCCCCCCCCCCACUAGGGCUAACCCCCGCAGCGGAUCGGCCCAAACCAGCCCCACCAGUACCCCGAUGUCUGACAGGAGAGGAGGUCGGCAACUACCACAGCUUCCACCCACAGGGACCAAGGGCAGAAGUAAGUUCUCAGCUUAUUUUCUAUAAUCAGCUCUGGGCCUCAGUGGCAUCACUGUCACUCUGGUAUCUUUGGUGUGGUUUGGUGACACCUCAAGGCUUUUCUCCAUUGGUCACUAUGGUCACUUACUUUGGAACAGGUUUGACUUUGAUUUAAGCAUUUCUUUGUCAGAAGCAAUUGUUUCUUGUUAUUUGCUGUUCUUUAGCUGGGUAUGGCACCUUGAGAUAUGUGUUAUUUUGUGCCAUAAACCUCUGAGUGGGAAAAGGCUCAUAGCAAGUUUAACAGAUACUGCUGUCUGUUGGUUCACUCUGGUCAGUUGCUCAUGAACGACAGAGCUUGGCUCAGAAUCUCUCGACUCUACCAACAUUGUUAAGCUGUGUCUUCUGUCUUAGUGAGUUUGUUGUGUGUUCUUAUGGUCUCAGUACUCUGUAUGUUAUCAGUGUUAACCAGGGUGUCCUGUGGACGGUUUAAAACAUGUAUUGUAACCUUGGUCAGUCAGCGAUAUUGGUGAUGUUGUCUCUUCAUAAACAUUUGAUGUUUUUUAUUUUAACAUACACUACCGGUUAAAAGUUUUAGAACGCCUACUCAUUCAAGGGUUUUUCUUUAUUUUUACUAUUUUCUACAUCGUAGAAUAAUAGUGAAGACAUUAAAACUAUGAAAUAACACAUAUGGAAUCAUGGAGUAACCAAAAAAGUGUUAAACAAAUCAAAAUAUAUGUUAUAUUUGAGAUUCUUCAAAUAGGCACCCUUUGACGCGGUGUGGUUGAACGGAUGAUCUCUGCAUGUGCAUUUCCCACCGUAAAUGUGAUGGUGUGGGGGUGCUUUGCUGGUGACACUGUCUGUGAUUUAUUUAGAAUUUAAGGCCCACUUAACCAGCAUGGCUACCCCAGCAUUCUGCAGCGAUACUUAGUGGGCUUAGUGGGACUAUCAUUUGUUUUUCAACAGGACAAUGACCCAACAUACCUCCAGGCUGUGUAAGGGCUAUUUUACUAAGAAGGCGAAUGAUGGAGUGCUGCAUCAGAUGUCCUGGCCUCCACAAUCCCCCGACCUCAACCAAUUUGAGAUUGUUUGGGAUGAGUCGGACCGCAUAGUGAAGGAAAAGCAGCCAACAAGUACUCAGCAUAUGAGGGAACUCCUUCAAGACUGUUGGAAAAUAAUUCCAGGUGAAGCUGGUUGAGAGAAUGCCAAGAGUGUGCAAAUCUGUCAUCAAUACAAUGUAGAAAAUAGUAAAAAUAAAGAAAAACCCUUGAAUGAGUAGGUGUUCUAAAACUUUUGAACGGUGCUCUAUGUCGCAGCCUGUCUGUCCCUCACUCCCUGACUGUGUGACCUAGCAGUCCUGUGUCCUAGCCUAGCCUAGCCUAGCCUCCUCGUCUUCUUCUGGUUCCUAGACUGGGUCAGUGUUGUCAUCUAGCAUCGUAGCUUCCAUGUGUUUCAGCUGUCAUGAGUUCUACGGUAGUUUUGUGUUCUAUGUUGAACAGUCGUCAGUUUCGUGUUAUGACUUCAGAGUGCUCAGGUGAGAUGUGUCCCUAGGGGUUGUGGUACAGUAGACUAUUUGUGUUUUAAACGUGUUAUUCCGUAACCAGUGUUGUUAGUAGUAGUAAAGUAAUUUAUCCAGAAACAACAGUACAUGAUUCAGGCUGGGAAGGCUAUAAUGUAGUGGCCUUAACUCUCUUUAGUACAAGAGGUAUACUGAGCUACAUGCAGAGAGUUAAUCUAGAACCUCCUGUACUGUAAGACUCUCUCCUUAGUGAGGAAUCAGAACUAGUACCUCCUGUAUUGUAAGACUCUCUCCUUAAUGAGGAAUCAGAACUAAUACCUCCUGGACUGUAAGACUCUCUCCUUAAUGAGGAAUCAGAACUAGUACCUCCUGUACUGUAAGACUCUCUCCUUAAUGAGGAAUCAGAACUUGUACCUCCUGUACUAUAAGACUCUCUCCUUAAUGAGGAAUCAGAACUAGUACCUCCUGUACUGUAAGACUCUUUCCUUAAUGAGGAAUCAGAACUAGUACCUCCUGUACUAUAAGACUCUCUCCUUAAUGAGGAAUCAGAACUAGUACCUCCUGUACUAUAAGACUCUCUCCUUAAUGAGGAAUCAGAACUAGUACCUCCUGGACUGUAAGACUCUCUCCUUAAUGAGGAAUCAGAACUAGUACCUCCUGUACUGUAAGACUCUCCUUAAGGAGGAAUUAGAACUAGUACAGACAGCGUGAUCUGAUUUCUCUUACUGAAGCUCUUCUGGGUCACAGACAGAAUCCCAUCUUAAACCGUUUGAUUCAUCAGCACAAAUGUAUUGUUCUCAUUCGACCCUCAGUGCUAGUUUAACUCUCCCUAAAAUGUUCUGACAGGUUGUAACAGAGCGUGUCACAUGAUGUAAGGGUGUGGUGAUGGAAGGGAGGGGACGAGCCUGAGUUCUAUGCAUUGUGAAUUGACGAAUUAGCUGAGUGGUGAUUGGAGGGAGCGGGACGGAGAGAAGGAGAAGGGAGCAGCAGAGAGAGAUGGAGGGAGAGAGAGCAGAAGGAGAGAAAGAGAAGGGGGUGAGAGCAGAGCGAAAGAGAGAAAGCCUAGGCGGUGCUGAGAACUUGUCAGAGCACUCCCAGAACUCCUUCAUCAUUGUCAGAAACCAUGAGCACUCCUCUCUCCUCCUAGUCUGCAGCCAGCCAGCCAGUCUCGCUCCUGCUCAGGAUCUCCAAAUUCCCAGCCCCUCCGCUCCUCCCUAUCCCUUCCCCAUAUCUCUCUACCCCCUUCCCAUCUCCCCCCUAGCCAUCUCUCCUCUCUCUCCCCCCUUCCCCUCUCCCCCUCUAUCCUCUGUCCCUCCUCUUUCCCUCUGUCCCUCUCUCCUCUCCCCCCUUCCCCUCUCCCCCUCUAUCCUCUGUCCCUCCCCUCUUGUCCCAUUUCCCUCUUUCCCCCUCUGUCCUUUCCACCUCUCUCCUCUUCCCUGUCUCUCCCCUUCCCCCUUCUUCCCCUCUAUCCUCUGUCUCCUCCCCUCUUUCCCUCUUUACCUCGUUCCCUUCCUUCUCCCCUCUGUCUCUCUCUCCUCUCACCCCUUCCCGUUUCUCCCCUCUCCCCUCCCCCAUCUCUCUCCCCUCUCUGUGAUGGGGUAAUGGCAGCGGGUGGGCAAAUGGGGGAGGUAAUCUAAUGGUUUGAUCCAACCCUGGGUUGACGCUCCCACAGAGCCCUACCAGUCCAGUAUGACACAGCCAGGACUUAUGUAAUCAUGGCACUAAUGCUGCUGCUGGUACAUGUGGUACUGAUCCAUAGAGGCCAGGGGACUGGGGGUUGGCUGGGCUGGGCUGGGCUGGCCUGACUGGGAUUUAAAUAGGAGGGUUGUUUAAAAUGUUGAGGUAAUAGAAAUCAAGGCAGAACAGGGAAUGUAUAUCCAGUCAGGUGUGUGUGAUUGUACCUUUGUGUUUCCUACCUAGACAAAGGAUCCAUGUUGUUGUGCCAUACUGGCUUCAGUUAGAUUUGUAUUGAACCUUUUUGUUUAACCAGGAAGUCCCAUUGAGCUCGGCAUACCUCUUUUACAAGGUAGACCUGGACCUAGAUGUUGUGAUAUAGUAUCUGUGGUAAUCCCUGUUGAUCCACCCUGCCAUGCUUUUAUUGUUCCUUUAUGUGUACAGGAAGUCAACAUUGAGACCUGAACUAGCUUAGAAGGCUUUAGCCACAAACCAGGUGAUAUCUAAUCAGCCCCUGUUCCUUUUGUUAUCUAUCUGUCUCUCCUACGACCCCUGACCGCUCAGAAGGAACAUGGGAGGAGCUAGAGCGGCCUACUGGUGACCUUUGCCCUCUAGAGCAGUACGAGGGGGAGCCAGGUGUGUUUAUCACCUGUGUGUCUAUCUACUGGUGUGUCUCAGAGCAGGCUGAGCCUUUGGACUUCCUCAUUCACCUAUAUCACCUUUAUGUAUCUGCCUCUCUCCUGAGAACUCCACUCCAGAUCUGGGUCCAAUACAUAAUGUACUCAAAUACUUAAGCUGCACUUUAUUUAGUUGGCCUGAUACCAUAGAAACCAAUGGAAUAGUCCCAGAACACUGCAAACCCAAAUUUGACCCUGCCUGGUCCACACAGCCUGUACUGGACUAUGAUGUUGUACCAUCUUUAUAAGCCCUACAGCCAUUCUGCCCCUCAGCCAAAACCCUUAAAAUGUGAUCAUUUGUUGAGUCAGUACUGUACUGGAUGAAUGUACUGGCUUGAAUGAGAGUUUCCAGGGUUGUGUUGGCAGGAGCGGGAGUUUCCCACAGGUCUCUCUUCCUAGUUCCUUCUCACCCAUCUGUCUGUUCAUUCAUUCAGUUAAGUCUUCUGUGUGAUGGUAGUAGUAUAUCUUUGUCAUGAAACAUGCAGUAUACCUCUUAGGUUUUCAUAUCUGCAUGCGUUUGGUCUGUGUGUUGGUGUGUAUGUGCUUGCAUACGUGUGUUCUUACAAGUGUGCGGGCGUGCGAACACAUGCACGUGUGUUUGUGUGUGGUCAUGCGUGUGUGUAAGCGUAUGCCUGCAUCCGUGUUCCAUGAUCUCACAGUUCCAUGAUCUCAUAAAGCUCCAUCUGUGUCCCACUGCCGUUCAGACUGUGAGGAGAGGGCACGGCCAGGCCCUCCUGUGAAUGGGAGGAAAGGCAAGUGCACUCAGGAGUAUGCCAUUGUGGUGGUGUGUCCUCAAUAGUGCCCUCAGGGGUGUGUCAGUGCUGUGGGACUCUGCAUGCCAGUUAGGGCUUCCAUAGUUCAUUUAGUCAACUUUCUUCCGUCUCUGUCUCUCUUUUAUCCACAUUUCAUAUUUUCUGAGAUGAAUGUGAUUUAUUAGAUUUGGGUUGAUUUGCAGUGUUUAACUAACUGGAGGAGUGCAGGUUGGGUGAGUGUGUGGUGAUCUUCAUCAUUAUGACGAUGAUGAUGAGGGUGAGACUGAUGCUAAUAUAUCCAGAGUUUUGUCUCCCUGAGCUCAUAUAGUCGUGCGUGCCCCAGCCCCCUCACAACCACACACAACUAAUCUUCUGCCCUUUAAUUGAAGGGUUUGAGAAUCAAUGUUCAGCCCUCUAUCCCCACGUCCCAACCACGCAAUUCAAUAGAACAUUAUUAGUUAAAUAUACUGUAUAGCUCCAUUGUAAAAUCUACCGUUUGGAAUUAAAGAUCAUUUCAAUUAGACAUGUAAGAUUUCGUGCUUCAGUCAAAGCGGCACUUAUUGAGAUUGAAGUAAAUCUAGUGGAGGAAAAUGGAUGCUGUGAUUGCAGUUUGAAGAGUUUUAGUUGAACCAGUAACCUUAGACACAACAUUCAUACAGCUGGUUGUUGGUCGUUAGUAGAUGUUGCAAUUGAAAUGCUAAUUGUCAUUCAACUCUCGAUAACAGCUUGUAAAAUAUCAUCCUUGAUAAUCGGCCAACAAAAGAUGUACAGAUCUGCUAUCUUAAUUUGAUCACUCUGUUGUCACAGAGAAUUUCCCUGCACAGCAGGAAAUGCAAAUUGUAGUCUAUUCAAGGUUUAAAAAGGCUUCUAAAGUUUGUAAUUUCCACUUUAAAAUGCCAGACUUGAUUUGCCCUGACAAAUGUAACAACCCAUACAAAAAUGUCCAUUAAUUAUAAUCCUCUUAAUAAUUAACAUUUCCUGUUGCUGCAGGAUUAUUUUCCUGCUGUGAGAAGCAGGGUCAAAUUAAGAUAGUCCAUCAGUACAUUUAGUUUGAAGUUGUUUGAAGAUGCCUUUGAUGUUCUAUAGGUAGUUUAGCAGUGGGUUUUUUCCUCUAUACGAAAGAGUUCAAAAGACCAUUACCACUACUGGCCAGCAGAUGGCGCAAAAUUCAUAAUCUUUAGUAAGGAGCUGUCCAUGAUAGAAGUGCUGAACCUGGCUGCCUUUCCAUGUCUCCACCGCAUUUCACAAUAAAAACACAGUCUACCUCAUUAAAUGGUCUACAUAUGAAUGAUAAUAAAACAAAUUAAUUAAUACAGCUGUAUUUUUAUUUUACCUAUCCUGUAGAUUUUUUAACAAUAUUGUUUGGUACCUAAUAUCUAUUCAAUGUAUCCCAUCCAUGCUAAUAACUUUAUUUUGAAAAAAAUAUAUGUUGAUUCCUCCCAUGUCCCUGUAUCAAUGAUCCAUAUAAAGGGUUGUGAGUGUUGACCAUAUAGCUGACCAUAACCCUCUUCACCACAAGAUGAACUGUGUUCUCUCCCAGGUGACUGUUAGUGAGGUAUCUUAGUGUUUUCCUGAGUACACCAUUAAUGGAGAGAGAGAGAGAGAGAGGUAAACAGUUAUAGACAUUUGCCAACAUGAUGAAUCUUGAUGGAAUCCAUCCCACAUGUUUAAAUAGGAAAGGUUAAUUCAACUCAAAAAGAUUUAUUGCCACAAAUUUACAUAAGACAAAAAAGUAUCUUUGACAAGUGGCUCAUUAACAUAGGACAAAACAACAACAAUACAACAACAACAACACUGUUUGUUGUUGUUUGCUGAUGAAAGGAGCAUCAUGCCCCUUUACUGUGAGUGUCGUCAACAGCUCCUCUGUCUGCUGUCUGUCUGUCUGUCUGUCUCUCCCUGCCCUGCCUCAGAGGUGACAUGGGAGGACCAGCAGAAAGGCCUGAAUGGUUCUCUUUCUGACGGAGGAACACAGCCAGGUUUGUCUUGGACUGCGGUCCCAAAUGGCACCCUAUUUCCUAUGUAGUGCACUACUUUUGACCAGGGCCCAUAGAGCACUGGUCAAAGGUAGUGCACUAUACAGGAAAUAGGGUGCCAUUUGGGACGCACACUUGGAAUGGAGACCUUAUGACCUCAACCUAAUCUUGGCCCCUGGGGGCCUCUCACUGUGGUUAUCCUUAUCCAAAGGUCACAGAGGCUCUUGACCUCUGACCUCUGUACUUCUCCUCUCUGUGAUGUGCAGUGAUGCAGUGCAGCAUGAGAGUGUUUGGUUUGCUGAGUUAGUCUUGUGGUCGGGUCUCUGAAAACUAUGAACUUUUAGAAUAUUUUAAACAUGUCUAAUUAAUCUCCAUAACAAUAUGUUUUCUGCUCUGGGCUGUAGAUAUACAUGUAAAAGAGUGUUGCCAGGCGUAUCAGCUGUGAAUGUUUAGAGAUAUUGUUUCUCAAUUAUCUUGUUGAGUGUCCAUGGAAACACGUAUGUAAAUCUCCAUGUAUGGACGAAUUACAUGUAGAUCCAAUUAUGAUCCCUUAUUAUGUGACUGAGUGGGUGUGUGGGAUGGACUUAUGAAAGAGCUGUGUCAAUGUAAAUGAUAUAUAGGCCUUCUAGAGACAAUUAACUUGAUUGAAGAUCAAUUUGAGGUAGAUGAGAUGAACGUCACUGAAAGUGUUCGUACUCAUUCGUACUCAGUAAAGCUUCUCUUACUGCUGAAUAAAAGUAGACUGGCUCUAACUGAUACAUAAUGAAUUCAUUAGCUAGCACCUUGCUAAAAUGCACCAUGCCACCAGGACACUGCGACACAUUUGAAUUAAGAGUUGCAUACGGACUGUUUUGCUUGGUAUAGUUUCCUAGUUAUCACCAGUUUGCUUGCCAUGGAUUGUGGUGUAGUGUUGUGUUGUGGUCUUUAUGACACCAUAGUUCAAUGAGGGCAGUAGUUAAUGACUUCAGCUUUAAUGAAGCUUCAAUGUUAGUCUCUCUCUCUCUCUCUCUCUCUCUCUCUCUCCUCUCUCUCUCUCUCUCCUCUCUCUCUCUCUCUCUCUCUCUCUCUCUCUCUCUCUCUCUCUCUCUCUCUCUCUCUCUCUCUCUCUCUCUGUAGUGCACAGAUAAUGGUGCACCCACUACACUGUGAAAGCAUGACAUGCGACUGUAGCAAUAUGCUGGAAUCAAUGAAUAUGUUUUCUGCUGAAGCCAUCAUGAUUCAACCAUGAUUCAUACAAUGUUUGCAGUCAUACUGUCAGCGGUAUUGUACAACUCAACUCUGUGGCUCAGUAUGCUCAUACUGUAAGGGUCAGGUGAUGACUCUUUGACCACUUUCACCAAGCACUGGCCAAUGUUUGGCCAAGAUGACUCAAGACGAACAAAACAAGGAUGAUUAUUUGAUGACUAUCUAUAUUUUUGUACAUAAUCUUACUAUUCCGUUAGUCAGCACCUCGCCAAAAUGUUUGGGUGUGCUUCAACUAAUGCUUUUUACUGGAUUGAUGAUUAUUUGAACGGUGUUUAUUUGUGUUAUGUAAGGUAUGCCAUUGAUGAGUUAACCUAGGACUUUUACCAUGCUGUUGUAGCAUGCUUUUGAUGACAAGCCUUGACCUACAACUUAUACCAUGCUGUUGAUGACAAGCCAAAAAUUGCUUGCUCGCUUUGUUCAUCUACAGCGGGUAUCUCUUGACUUGACAAUGAGGUGAUAUGAGUUGAGUUGGCACGGUGGUGUGAUCAGAUCAAAGCUGAAUAAGGCAGAUGUCUCACAGUGUUGUUUUAUUCAUGUCUCUCUUAAUUAUUCAACUUAAUGAAGAUGUAAUUUACCUAAAUGCAAAUGUUGACUAAAGUGCAUUACACAUUAAGAUCAAUAAUCAGAGUCUCGUCACCUGGCCUUACACAUCGGCUCUGUCCCAAAUGGCACCCUAUUCCCUACAUAGUACAGGGGCCUGGUCAAAAGUAGUGCACCACUUAGGAAUUAGGGUGCCAUUUGGGACACAGACAACAACUCGUAUAGCUGCAGCUGUGGUUUGUUGUGGUCUCCCAGUGGGUGUACGCCAAAGCCUUCAAGAUGGAAGCAUACAAGAAAGGGGCAAGAGGAACGACAGGGGAGUAGGUGGGCACACAUCCAGGAGUGGACAGUGUCACUUCAGUGAAGAGGGUCUUUGAGCUAACCACCCCCACCACAGCUUGCCCUGCCAUAGUUAGCAUAAUCACUAUGCCCGUGUGAAUCCACAGUUUGUUCAUUUGUUUAUUUGGAUCUCUUUUAGCCCACAAUGGGGUCUUACUGUAUCUUCCAAAAUCCCAUACAGUAAGUGUAUCACUAUGCCUGCGUGAAGCCACAGACGAGCCAGGAGGAGUGGAGUGCUCCAUCUUUCUCUCUCUCUCUCUCUCUCUCUCUCUCUCUCUCUCGGUUCCAUUAUGCAAGAUGAUUUGCACACGGCAGGGGAUGAUUAAUGAAAGUCUGAUGAAAGCACAGCUCAUCAAAACCUCAGCACAUUCCUCCCAAGACACAGUGGAGGAAUAGGAGUAGGAUUAUGUACUGGAGUAGGGGGGAAGAUGGUUGUUAAUUGGAGGCAAACAGAGGCUCUGGAGAGGAGAGAGGCUUCUAGUCGAUCCCAGCUCUCUCUGUUGUGUAACCUGUUCAUUCCCAGGGGUAUUGCUGGGCCUACUCUCUCUGUGCCUCAGCCUCUAUCACAACAACAAGGUUUCUGAAAGGAAGAAAGAAAGAAAGAAAGAAUGGAAUGAAGGAAGGAAGGAAGAAAGAAAGAAAGAAAGGAAGGAAGGAAGGAAGGAAGGAAGGAAGGAAGGAAGGAAGGAAGGAAGGAAGGAAGGUAGGAAGGUAGGAAGGAAGGAAAGAAACAAAUAAAAGUUUGUAGUACUUACGUCAAUUUCUUUGACUCUUUUGUUUGGUUGCUUUCUCUUUUGUACCUACUGCCGCCUCUCUGCCUGCUUUUGGUUGUUUUCAUGUUCCAGGCUCUCCACAGUAGACUAUUAGUCCCUGACUCAAGUGGCUCCCCCACCUCCUGUCUUCUACCUCUAAAGUGUUUUAGGGUUUCUGCCUGCUUUGUCAGCUCCAAUACUCUUUCUCCUUCCAUUAACUUCUACUUGACUGUUUCAGCUCUCUUUCCUCUGGACAGUACACAGCAGCUCACCUUUCCCCCUCUUUCUUUUUCAGUAACACUACAGGUCUUUUACUCCAGCCUCUCCCGGCCUGCCUUGCACCCUUCUCUUCUCUUCACUUUUUCUUCUUGGCUGUCCAUUAGUGCAAUUUGUGGUGGUGUGAUCUUUCUUUGUUGUGCUGUAUGAUUUUGUAUGUGUUGUUGUGCUCUGUGCUUGUUGUUGUUGUUGUUGUCGUUGUUUUGUGCCACCCCCCUCCCCAUCAUGCCCCCCCCCCCCCCCCCCCCCACACUCUGACCCCCACCCGACCUGUGCGGCGCCACUGUCCAUGGUGUCACCCCUUUCACUCCCAUCUCCUGUCCUCUGUCUGUGUCUGUGUUUUGUCAUGUGACCCCAGAAGACACGGACUCACCAGGUUGGACCAGCUCAGGUCUGUCCCUUCCUCUUCUGUAUGCCUUCCCUUUUUACCUCCUCCUCCUCUUCUUCCUCAUCCCUCCUCUUCCUCAUCCUUCCUACUCCUGCUUUCUCAUGUCCAUUCUUCCCUGCUGAUUGAGCUUGUUGGAGAUGUCUUUUUUGGGAUUGAUUUUACUCAGUUUGUGUGUGCUUGCAUGGUCAUACAUGUAAACUGUGUUCAUUGUAACAUGUCUGUUGUUAGGCUAUAUUAAAUCCUGCCGACAUUUCAUUGAGGCAUGUUGUACAAAUACAACCUAGGAAUCCUGAUAUCCCACCGAGUGGCAGAAAGUGCAUCUCAUUCUGUACCAUUGUCUUUACAAGGCCUAUUGUUGUUUAACUACAACAUAAGGUCAUAUCUCAUCAACUGUCAUAUAAAGCUGACGGACAGGACAGGACAGGAAAUCAUAUUCAUGUGUUGCAGAAAAACUAACAUGGAUGCUGUCCUUUCAUUUCUCAUCAUUCCUGGAGAUCGUCAUUUAGUCUCAUCUAUUAUCUUUCUACAUUCAUUUGCUCUUUGUUUUUGUGUUUUCUUUCUCUCAUGCGCCUGUUUUUCCUCUCCCCACCUACAUCAUACAAAUCUAAAGUAGAGAGAGUGAAAGUGUGUCCAGAGAAUGGUGAUGCAGGUAAGAUAGCUAGAGUUACUGUAGUCUGCCUGACAUCACUAAGUGAGGUCGUCCCAAAUGGCACUUUCCCCAUUCCCUAGUCUAGUGUAUUCUGUUGGACUGGAGCCACAUAUAGAACACUAUAUAGGGAAUAGGGUGCCUCUGAUCUGAAUACUCCCCACACUACAGACUGACUGACUGAUCUAACUGACCUGACUGACCUGACUGACUGACUGACCUGACUGACCUGACUGACUGACUGACUGACUGACCUGACUGACCUGACUGACCUGACUGACCUGACUGACCUGACUGACUGACUGACUGACCUGACUGACCUGACUGACUGACUGACCUGACUGACCUGACUGACCUGACUGACCUGACUGACCUGACUGACCUGACUGACUGACUGACUGACUGACUGACCUGACUGACCUGACUGACCUAACUGACCUGACUGACCUGACAUGCUCACUGUGGCAUGUGGACAGCCACGUUUUUCCCCCAAAGCCUCUGUGAGCUCUGGGAGGUUGGUGGCUGCUUGCAAGAAAUAUUAUGAAUAAAUCAUUCAGUAAAAUAAACUCGGACAAAGAGGAGGUUGUAUAGCAGGGCUCCAGACCCAACAGAGCAUGUCUGAGAUUUUGACACAGAAUAACUGGCAAUUACACCUUUCAUUCCAUCCCUUCACGUAAACUCCAAGUGAACCCCUUCAUUAUGAAAUGUAAUAUUUCUUACAAGUUGUUGUUUGGGUUUUCCUACUGUUCAUUUUGCCGGCUGCUAUGUGACAUCAUGGUCAUGGAUUGACUGACUGUUGGUGUCUGGGUGAACUAACUCUGAACGCUGCAUGCAGCACUUUUAUAGAAUAACAUUGUCAUGUGAAAAUGAUAGCCGAAUAUUACUCAGAGAGCACAGUGAAAGCACCAAAAACACAACAACAGUAAAGUGGGGAUGAUUUGUCAGUCUUUGGAUCAUAGUAAUGCGGGGUUCCUAAAUCAAAGUAGAAACCUUGUAUUUUUUAUGCUGAUAUCUUGAGGACUUGUUCAGUCAGUGCUUUAUAACAGCACCCCCAAAACAUUCCAAAAGACUGUUCCUGAGUAGCGUUGCAAAAUUCCGGUAAUUUUCCCAAAAUUCCCAGGUUUUCCAGAAAUCCUGGUUGGAGGAUUCUGGGAGUCUUCCAACCAGGAUUUCCCUAUUCCUGAGUAUGACCUCCACUGACCGCUCUGCUCCCCAGGUGCUAUGGAUGUGGAGGAGAGGACCAGACAGAUGAAGCUGAAGGUUAACAUGUUCAAGCAGGGGGCCGGGUCCGAUUCCAGACUGGAACAGGACAACAACAAGGCAAGACACAGUGACACAGCACUUCUUUCCCUUUCAGAACUAGAACAUUGUUGGCAUCACACUUUUUAUACAAACAAACUGACUUAGAGUUACAUUAACACGUCCAUGUUCAGUAAAUGUGAAGCAGGACUAUCACUCCUAAGGCAAGACCAAGUCCAGUCCUUCCUUCCCAUUCUAUUCAGAACAUGGUCAUUAAGUAGAUGCUUUGUAUACAAACUGACUUACAGCUAACACAGAAAAAGUUCAGUAAAUGUGGAGGAAUCAACUCAAAGCCGAGCAGGAUGUUAACAGCAUCAUACUCAAACCCACUGAGACAUCAACAAUCGAAAACAUUUUCUUCUAAACACCCACUCCAGCAGGAUUCAAAGUUUGACAAUCUUCACAAACAAGGAUACGUACAUACAUGAUGUAUUAUAGCGACCCUGUGAAUCCAUGGAAUGUAGUGGUGACUGUGUCCAGAGUCACACAGACACUAGUUAAGUGUAGUGUGUUUAUAAAGAGACAGUCUGGGGGCCUCACCAGAGCCCGAGCCAAGCCUUAUAAGAGAAAGCAUGUCCAUCCUGUCCUGUCUUCCUUUUAAGUGUGUGGAAUGAGAACUACACUAAGCAUGCAUCUACACUUAUAGUUCUAUACAAAGCAGGUAGAACAUGAAACAUUUGUCAGCUCUGUUAGUUGUGAGGAGCGCCACGAGAUACAACCGUAUGUUUAGAAAUUGUAAUGCUCCUCUGGACACAAAGAAAAGCUUUUAAUAUACAAUCUCUUUCUUUGCAGAGGAUUUUAGUUUCUUUAUUUAUAACUAACUAUUUUCUUACAAUAACAUUAUGCAAUCCGGUUUCCGAGCUGGUCAUGGGUGCACUUCAGCCACGCUCAAGGUCCUAAACGAUAUUAUAACCGCGAUCGAUAAUAGACAGUAUGUGCAGCCGUCUUCAUCGACCUGGCCAAGGCUUUCGACUCUGUCAACCACCGCAUUCUUAUUGGCAGACUAAAUAGCCUUGGUUUCUCAAAUGACUGCCUCGCCUGGUUCACCAACUACUUCUCAGAUAGAGUUCAAUGUGUCAAAUCGGAGGGCCUGUUGUCUGGACCUAUGGCAGUCUCUAUGGGGGUGCCACAGGGUUCAAUUCUUGGGCCGACUCUUUUCUCCGUGUAUAUCAAUGAUGUCGCUCUUGCUGCUUGUGACUCUCAGAUCCACCUCUACGCAGACGACACCAUUUUGUAUACAUCUGGCCCUUCAUUGGACACUGUGUUAACAAACCUCCAAACGAGCUUCAAUGCCAUACAACACUCCUUCAGUAGCCUCCAACUGCUCUUAAACACUAGUAAAACUAAAUGCAUGCUCUUCAAUCGAACGCUGCUGGCACCCGCCCACCCGACUAGAAUCACUACUCUCGACGGGUCUGACCUAGAGUAUGUGGACAACUACAAAUACCUAGGUGUCUGGUUAGACUGUAAACUCUCCUUCCAGACUCACAUUAAGAAUCUCCAAUCCAAAGUUAAAUCUAGAAUCGGCUUACUAUUCCGCAACAAAGCCUCCUUCACUCAUGCUGCCAAACAUGCCCUCGUAAAACGGACUAUCCUACCGAUCCUUGACUUCGGCGAUGUCAUUUACAAAAUAGCCUCCAACACUCUACUCAGCAAAUUGGAUGUAGUCUAUCACAGUGCCAUCCGUUUUGUCUCCAAAGCCCCAUACACUACCCACCACUGUGACCUGUACGCUCUUGUUGGCUGGUCCUCACUACAUGUUCGUCGUCAAACCCACUGGCUCCAGGCCAUCUAUAAAUCACUGCUAGGCAAAUCCCCGCCUUAUCUUAGCUCAUUGGUCACCAUAGCAGCACCCACCCGUAGUCUGCGCUCCAGCAGGUAUAUCUCACUGGUCAUCCCCAAAGCCAACACCUCCUUUGGCCGCCAUUCCUUCCAGUUCUCUGCUGCCAAUGACUGGAACGAAUUGCAAAAAUCUCUGAAGCUGGAGACUCUUAUCUCCCUCACUAACUUUAAGCAUCAGUUGUCAGAGCACCUUACCGAUCACUGCACCUGUACACAGCCCAUCUGAAAUUAGCCCACCCAACUACAUCAUCCCUAUAUUGUUAUUUAUUUUGCUCUUUUGCACCCCAGUAUCUCUAUUUGCACAUCUAGCAUUCCAGUGUUAAUACCAAUUGUAAUUAUUUUUGCACUAUAGCCUAUUUAUUGCCUUACCUCCAUAACUUGCUACAUUUGCACACACUGUAUAUAUAUUUUCUGUUGUAUUUUUUGACUUUGUUUUACCCCAUAUGUAACUCUGUGUUUGUUGUUUUUAUCGCACGACUUUGCUUUAUCUUGGCCAGGUCGCAGUUGUAAAUGAGAACUUGUUCUCAACUGGCUUACCUGGUUAAAUACAGGUGAAAUAAAAUAAAUACAUAAAAAAUUAUGUCUUGGUACACCAACUUGCUGUAAAAAAAAUAAGAAAGAUAUCCUUUGCCCAUUUCAUGUUUAUGCCAAAUGAUUUUGAUUAGCUUACAUUUUGACUUUACACACCUACUGUGCAAAUGGAUAAACAGUAUGUUCUAAGCUGGGAGAACAAUUUACUAUCGCUCAAGAUUAUUUGAUUAUAUAACCUAGUAUUGCUCUGUGUUCUCCUCCUAGAACAUUGGCCAUAAUGAAUGUGAAUGAACUGUUCUUUGGCUAACAAUUGUUUUUGGACGAACGGAUCUCCUUAAAAAGCCAACAAAUCAUUGAAAGCAAAGCUUUUGGCCACAUUAAAGUUUGUUCUAUUGUCCUUUAUCUAAUAAUUUCUAAUUAAUACUUUGAUAAAUUCAUUAUCCACAAGACUAUUUAAAAUAUUUGUAUUCAAAUUUUAUUAUCUACAUCAUAUAUGUGGUCCUCUGUAGCUCUGCUGGUAGAGCACGGCGCUUGUAACGCCAAGGUAGUGGGUUCGAUCCCCGGGACCACCCAUACACAAAAAAAAAAAAAAAUGUAUGCACGCAUGACUGUAAGUCGCUUUUGAUAAUAGCGUCUGCUAAAUGGCAUAUUAUAUACACUGAGUGUACAAAACAUUAUGAACACCUGCUCUUUCCGUGACAUAGACUGACCAGGUGAAUCCAGGUGAAAGCUAUGAUCCCUUAUUUAUGUAGAUGGCAGGUAGCCUAGCGGUUAAGGUAGCUAAGAGGUUUGGGCAGAAAGGUUGCAGAUUCGAAUUCCUGAGCUGACUAGGUGAAAAAUCUGUCAAUGUCCCCUUGAACAAUGCACUUAACCCUAACUGCUCCUGUAAGUCGCUCUGGAUAAGAGCGUCUGCUAAAUGUAAAAAUUUAACUUGUUAAAUCCACUUCCAUCAGUGUAGAUGAAGGGGAGGAGACAGGUUAAAGAAUGAUUUUUAAGUCUUGAGACAUGGAUUGUGUAUGUGUGCCAUUCAGAGGGUGAAUGGGCAAGACAAAAGAUUUAAGUGCCUUUGAGCGGGGUAUGGUGCCAGGCGCACAGGAGGUUGGUGGCACCUUAAUUUGUCACGAUUUAACUGGAUAUGAACCCAAAUGCAGACAACUACACCAAGCCAGAGAAGGUUUAACAGGUUUAUUUACAAAGUUCAAUUGUCCAGGGUUCCAAAAAUAGGGGAAGAGCAAGUCCAGGUCUACAGGGAGGGUAACAGAUCCAGGUUCUGAGCAGGAGUGGUACCGUAACAUCCUAGUGUCCGUGGUGAGUCCAAAAGGGAGGUCCAGUAGUGGGAAGCAGGAUGGUGGUGGCAGGAGUGAAGCGGAGGCAGGAGUCAGGUUCCAAUAAUCUGUGGCACAGGAGAAAAGUAAAUAGAACAGGCCAAAAACACAAAGAGCGAAAACAAGCAGGUUGAGUCAGCAGCGAGACUAACAUGGUCGUCUUGACUAUGAUCUGACGAUGAGUGGCAAGUUUGACCGGGUCUUUAAGGCUGAGGUGAUUAUGGUGAAUGAGCUGCAGCUGGAACCCUGACUCCCGCACACCAGACUUCACUCCUGCAAUCAAGAACAGACAGAGGGGAGGGGGAGAGCAGAGAGAGACCUACCUAGCAGCAGUAGGCCUAACAUAAUUGGGGAGAACGGGCUUGUUGUAAUGGCUGGAGCGGAAUCAGUGGAAUGGUAUCUAACACAUGGUUUCCAUGUGAUUGAUGCCAUUCCAUUUGCUACGUUCCAGCCAUUAUUAUGAGGCGUUAUCCCCUCAGCUUCCUCCACUGGCCAGGCGCACCGGUUUGUGUCAAGAACUGCAACACUGCUGGGUUUUUCACACUCAACCGUUUCCCGUGUGUAUCAAGAAUGUUCCACCACCCAAAGGAGAUCCAGCCAACUUGACACAACUGUGAGAAGCAAUGAAGUCAACAUGGGCCAGCAUAAAGAGCUUUUAUUUUGUCUUAAAGGGGCAGUGUUUUAUUUUGAGGCAGGCUUGAAUAAGCUAAGCAGCAAAUAGGCAGAGGGAAGCAUAAUUAGUCUGAUUCUCUGUAGUAAUGGUAUGGGAAUAAUAAUGCAUUUUAUUUAUCGAAGUGGUUUCUUGCAUCAAACAACCCAACAACAUUUUCAGUCACCUCCUUGUCUGAGUGGAUAAAGGUUCAUGUCAAGCCUUGCAUGUUUAUUUUUGUAGGCCUACAUUGAACACCACACAUUGGCUGCUACUGUAGCCGGCUGAAUGAUAGAACAGCUAUUUCCAUGUUAAAAUGUUAUGGGGUGCAUUUUCUCCAAGCGGUACCAGAGCACAAAGUCUAGGUCCAAAAGGCUUCUUAACAGCUUCUACCCCCAAGCCAUAAGACUCCUGAACAGCUAAUAUGGCUACCUGGACUAUUUGCAACAACCCCCCCCACGCCCCCCCCUACAUAUUACCUCAAUUACCUCGAUUAACCUGUGCCCCCGCACAUUGACUCUGUACCGGUACCCCUGUAUAUAGCCUCGUUGCUGUUAUUUUAUUGUUGCUCUUUAAUUAUUUGUUAUUUUUCUAUUUUCUACUUUUUUUUUUUUUUUUUUACUUCAGGUUAUUUUAGUAAAUACUUUCUUAACACUUCUUUUUCUUAAAACUACAUUGUUGGUUAAGGGCUUGUAAGUAAGCAUUUCACUGUUGUAUUCAGCGCAUGUGACAAAUAAAAUUUGAUUUUGAUUUGAUUAUGAUCAAAUAGCCACAGUAGCCUAAUUGACCACUGUUAAAACUAACUUCAAGCGGGUACAGCUUCAGUGUUCACAGUAAACGCGCGCUGGAAGUUGCACAGAAUAUUCACAACGUUCAAGUUUGCGCUCAGCAGACCUGAAAUUUGCUCAAUCCCUAAAACAAUUAGAAGGAACAUUGGCCAGCAUCCUUGUGGAAUGCUUUCGACACCUUGUAGAGUCCAUGCCCCAAUGAAUUGAGGCUGUUCUGAGGGUUAAAGGGGGGGGUGCAACUCAAUAAUUAUGAAGGUGUCCUUAAUGUUUUGUACACUCAGUGUAUAUAGGGACGUCAAAAGAAAAAACGCAUCAAGGGACACAGUCAUUACCAGUAAGUAGUAUUUUCAAGUCUAUUUUUAGUCAUGUGCUGAGUGGUGUGUGUUUCUCCUCUACAGCGGAGGGAUGGUCAGCGAGGUUCAGACAACAUGUCAGCCAAGUCUUCGGACAGUGAUGUAAGCGACGUGUCCGCUGUGUCGAGAACCAGUAGUGCCUCUCGGUUCAGCAGCACGAGCUACAUGUCUGUCCAGUCAGAACGGCCGCGAGGAAACCAGAAGAUCAGGUAGGAAGCAGCAACACAUACCAAGGGCAGACAGAAGCCCUAGGUCCAAUACCUCUGCCUUGCCAGGGAUGGGCAAACCCCAAAGGCUGUGAACCUUUCUUCUAACUAAAGUUGCCAAGUCCAGACAUUUUCCACAAUGAAAAUAGUUUUCACUUGGUUUCUUAACUUUAGAGGGAAAUGCACAGCUAGCAUCGUGCUAUUCCCCACCGUCCAGUGAGUUCAGGUUUGGCUCUGCCUAGGUGAAAAUGGAGCUAAAUGUUUGAACUCUACUGCGUCAGGUUGGGGUUUGCCCGUAACUGGUAACUCAUACUGUGGUUGUCUCGUGUUGGAACAUAACAGAAAUACAUAUGCAUGGCACUGAAUGUCUAGGUUUUUUGCUUUAUUUUCCUUAUAGCUUUGCUGUUUUAUGUAUGUUACCUUUUUUCUCAUUGUUGACAUUAUUUCUGCAGUUUGGUUUCACAUACCUUUCUUUCGUUUCCUUUCUGCUUUGCAUGCGCCGCGUUUGUGCUUCUGUCAUGUCCUCAUCUAUUCCGAAUCAAGGAACCAAUCACGGGAAGUGGAUGAACAUUUGGGGGAGGUGCUGGAGGAAGAGGAAGUGCGGGGGGAAGCGGGGGGUACACAUAGAGGGCAGGGUAAACAGAGGGAAGGGGAGGAGGAGGAGGCUAAAGAGGAAGGAGGUCAGAGGAGGACCACUGUAGUCACACAGAAGUCACAGGAGGAGAUGGAUGAAGAGGAAAUGCUGCGGAGGAGGUUCUCAGAGACUGACCUCAGGUAA